AUGGAUAAGGUCAAGAAACAGAUGAAUAGAUGGGUAGAUGAUUCAACAGGUAAGUAACAGAACAAACAUCUUGGCAAAUUUGAAAAAAAAAGCAAUGCAUUCUCUUUCUAUGCAGGGCCCUCCCUGGGACUGUACUCCUGGCACCCCUCUUAUGGGUUUUUGGUGCCAAGUAAAAAUGGUUUUAUUUACUCAGGUAUUUUAUUGUGGCAUAUUGCAGGAGGCGAGGGCGUUUUCUGCUGCUUUUAAAUUUCAGAUUUUAUCUGCGCUGUUUUAUUUGUUGCAGUGCUAUUUUUACUCUUCUUGUUGCUUUUAUCUUGGCUUUAUUACUUGCUCAUUUUGUUUAGUUUUAUCUUUAUUUUUAUCUCUCUUAUCAAAGUACUAAACAAAGAGAAAGAAGCAGAGAGGUUAUAAAAGCAAGUUAAGCUGGUGGACAUAUAACACAUGGACGCUGCAGUUCUUUACUCAUGUACUGGGGAGCAGGGACUGUAGAACUCAAUGGGACUUACUUCUAUCUGUAUAGGACUGCACUGUAAAUAACCUUAAAUAAAGCCCAGCCAAGGAUGUUCCACUUUGUGCAAGUGCAGGCACCUAGGGAGGCUGCACAAUGCAGACCACCAUAGAGAUGAUAGGAAGAAUGAAAGGAUGCUCCCAAACACUCCUUGGCCACCUCAGAAGUAAAGAAAGUGCAUGCAAUUUAUUUUCUCAUUAAUUUGUACAGAAUGGUUAAUAUAUAUAUAUUUAAGUAGGUCUAUUAUUUCCAGAUCUAGUAUAUAUCUGCAGAUAUUUGCUCACCCCUAAAGAAAGGUAGAAAUAAAGGGAUAUGCCUCACACUUCCUUGUGACCUUUGAAGGAUUUCCAUCUAGAGCAAAGAGAUAACUGAAAUCUAAACUAUUUACUUUCCUUCUAUGCUGUCACGGUGUAAGCACUUACUUAUUUCUCAUUGUAAUGAGAUUACAAAAUUCCUGCCCAGGUUUUGGCAGGGGGUGUCAGGGGAUGCAGGUGACAGUCUUUGUGCCAGUUAUGAAAGGUCAAGGCAAUGACUAUAUAGAGAGAGGUUGAGUAUACACUAUUUUCUUCCCAGCUCUGGAGAUCUUUUACACCUUUGUAGAUUUUACACAGUAAAAUCCCUUCUCCCCUUCACAGGUUUUAGUUCCCUUUGAGUGCUAAAUAAUGUGUUGCACAGUGUUUGAUCUUCUGUUCUCUAAUUUAAACUUAUUUUGUACUCAGUGUAUAUCCUGCAGUGAAAUCUGAUUCCAGUUGUGGGUAACAAAAGGGCACAGGGCUUUUCCUGCUUCUGUUGAGCAUGCUCUGUUGCACUUUAGUAAUAAAUCCUGCCAUAACUCUAGUUUAUGUUGAACAACAGAAUAACUUGAAGGAUUAUGUGUCUUCCUCUGAUCCCCUACUCAGCCUGGUUGUGGAACCUGUGACGCACCACAUGUUGCUGAACUCCCAAGUCCCAUCAUCUCCGACCACUGGAUGUGCAGGCUAGGAGUGAUGAGAGUUUGAGUCCAACAACAUCUGGAGGGCCACAGCUUCUCCACUUCAGCCUAAGGGAAAGCUGGCAUCAGCAUCAACUUACUUCUGAGCUGAGCACAUAAAGUGGCAAAAGAAGUAACAGUGUCUACCCAGGGCAAAUGCAGGCAAGGAACAAAAGCCUGUUUGUAAUGGGUGAUAAGCUAGUAAUGUCACUAUGUAAGCUGGCAUAGAAAAUGAAGAAAUGAAGAUGUUGUCAGCAAAAAGUGUGCAGUAUACCUUUACAACCUUUUGUGAAUUUGCAGCCUUCAACUCAGCUCAUAAUGGGCAAGUCUGCAGCACGUGGGGCCAAUUCCACUACAAGACGUUUGAUGGGGACAUCUAUUAUUUCCCUGGGACCUGCAACUAUGUAUUUGCCUCCCAUUGCAAUGCUGCCUAUGAGGACUUCAACAUCCAGAUCAGGCGCACAAUGGUGAAAGACAUUCCCACUAUCAGUUCUGUCACCAUGCGGUUGGAUGGGACGGAUUUUGAAAUGCAAAAAGAUGCCAUUGUGGUGAAUGGUGAAAGGUAAUAACACAGACUUGUGUCCUGAGCAGACCUACUUCCUCAAAUAGAUUCCUUAAUAGGCAGAUAGAGUUCAGUCCUACCAUGAUCUAAGAACCAAUAACCAUGAAAGGUCCAUGGUAGCCACUUCUAAUCUGGGUGUCAGUGUCCAGCCAGUGGUGUGCAGUGACUACCAUGUUCAGUAUCAAUCUGUGGUCCAACACCCAGAAAUCCCCAUGCUGAAGCACACUGAGAAAUACAUUAAUGAAGCCAUUAAAGGCUAUUGAAAGCCCAAAAUUCCCAACCACAGAGGAGGCUGCUUGUGGCCUCCAGUAGGCUUUGCUGCUGUGGUCACCAUAGCCACAUGCCCUUCUAAUUUGUCUUGGGUGGGCAUGAGUAAUUCUGCAGUAAGUUCUGUAACGGGAUAGUUCAAUCACUCAUGAUGGCAAUUUGGCAGUUAUACACCCUCAAAAAAAGCCACAUGUCACUUUGCUUUGAAUUACAUAUCCAGUAUCUCUGAUGCUUUCUCAUCAGGGUUCAGCUGCCUUACACCGGAUCAGGAUUCGUUAUUGAGAAAUUUACCAUCUAUGUGAGAGUGAUUGUCAAGCUGGGCCUAACCUUACUGUGGAAUGAAAAGGACAGUCUAAUGGUAAGUGCUACAUAAUAUAGAGAAUUGACAAGUGUGACCCCAGCAGAAUGUGGCAGUGUAGAAUGUUCCUGUUCAGUAUCCCAGCCUGCCAGCCAGCCAUGCCUUCCUUCGCAAUACCCAAUUCCACUCUCCCUUCCUGCUGCUUUUCUAUUUCCCCACCCACACCAGAAACUAAAAUUCUGUCACCACUGAGCAUGCUCAGUCUUCACAGGGUUGUUUGGGGGCAGGGAUCACCCCUUUAGAUCCCCCAUAAUAUUUUUCUACUUCUGCAAGACUUGGAUUUCCCAUGAAGCAUGCUGAUACCUCCCUCGUAUUUUUCACUAGCCUUGUUCUGGCUUCAUCAUAAUCAUCAUAACCCAGCAGCUGAGUUUACUUUUUGUAUGUAUGAUGUCACCUGAACAAUAUUACAGAUAAAAUCAUGAUACCACAAGGCAGUUUGUUGUAUAGGGUCUUUGCAAUAUGCUCUUAUGUCGACUCAUGCAAGUUAACAUCACAGAUUUUCAGUAACUGGUGAAAAGAAACCACCCAAAUAAUUGCUUCUAAGUACAGAUUGGGCUUUGAUAUGCACAAGGCUCUUUGGGGUAUUCAGCCUGCCUGCCUGCCUGCCUGCCUCCCCACCCUCUCUCACACACAUACAUACCUAACAUCCUGUUCUGUUCAUAAUAAGCUCUUAGUAAAAGGUAAAGGACCCCUGACAGUUAAGUCCAGUCGCGAAUGACUCUGGGGUUGCGGCACUCAUCUUGCUUUACUGGCUGAGAGACCCGACAGUUUUUCUGGGUCAUGUGGCCAGCAUGACUAAGCCGCUUCUGGUGAAACCAGAGCAGCGCACGGAAACGCCAUUUACCUUCCCGCUUUAUCUACUUGCACUUUGAUGUGCUUUCGAACUGCUAGGUUGGCAGGAGCUGGGACCGAACAAUGGGAGCUCAUCCCAUCACGGGGAUUCGAACCACUAACCUUCCGAUCAGCAAGCCCUAGGCUCAGAGGUUUAGACCACAGUGCCACCCGCAUCCCCUUACUUACUUACUUCCCUUACAAAUCUUAUUUGCAGUCAGUAUCUAACUGCAGAAAUCAACCAAGAUAUGUUUCCACUUGACAUUUUAUCUCUAUUUUCAAAGAGAUGAAAACACGUUUGGAUUACACAUUUAGCAUAUUCACAUUUUUGCAGGAGGUGCCACCUGUUGCUUCAAUUUUUCAUUUUCUAGUAAAAAUUCUCUUUUAUAGGCCCUAACCUUAUCUAUAGAUUGCAGAGCAGGGAAUCCCAUUCAAAGAACAGAAAGCAUAAGUGGAGAAGAGUCAGCUGCUUUUAUAUAUAUACUGUAAAUAUUACAAUGAAAACUAGGUUGUUAUGAAUAGCACAGACUGGCUGAGACUCAAAAAUGAUACCCCAAUUUUCUAUUCACUAAAUUUGAAUUGCAACAUUGAUGGAAGUUAUCUUGGUGUCUCCAGUGCAGCUGCUGUUUUGAAUUUUCAAUCUAUAUCAUGGAGAGUAAUAUUAACUUUCAUCAACUUUCUCCUAUAUAAUUUCAGCUGGAACUUGAUAAAAAAUAUGCAAAUCAGACCUGUGGACUUUGUGGGGAUUUUAAUGGCAUUCCACAAUACAAUGAGUUCUUUUCAAACGGUAAGUAUCAAAAACACUGCUUAUUGAAAUUGGGUAUCAACUAUUUAUAUGUCAUGAUUCAUUGAGUGCUGUGGAACUACAAUCUCUUCAGAGGUUUGGCUUUUCAUCCAUUUCAAAACAUUUUAAGUGGUAUAAGCAGUGCUUUGGGGGGCGGGGAGGAAAGACAUGCUGGUAUUCAUAUACAUAUUGAUAAAAAUGACAGCACAAAAUGGCUGUCAUUGGCAGGGGGAGGGGGAAUGAGGUGCCAGUAGUCUGUUCUAGUGAGCACCCAUCAUAAGAAAAAGCCCCGAGGAUAAAAACCUGGUGGAUUUGUCUGAUAUCUGUCAUUCUUCACUUUUAAAAUCAACAACACACAUUGAAUAUUUAGAUAUUAGGUGAAUUUCCUGGCAGAAAUGACUGGCAGAAUCCGAGACCAGGGAGAAGAGUCGGUGGAAGAAGAUUGGAAGAAGUUCAAAGAUUAUCUACAGAAAUAUUGUAAAAUUAAUGAAUGUUAGAACGAUGUUGGAUAGAAAUUAAGUGGUUUCCAGCUGUAAUGCUUUAAGGGAAUAUGAAAAAUGGGUUGUUAAGAGGUAAAAAUCUAACGUUACUAUUUUAAGACCAAAGAUUAAGACAAAUAAAGAGGGUAAGGAUUAGCUGAACCAACAAACUGAACUGGAAUACAAAAAAGGGAGGUAUGAGGAGGUCCGGGAAACAAGCUAAGGAAAAAUAAGCAAUGGAAAAAUUGAGUGGUUUUUAAUCAUUUUUAUUUUGUAUUUUUUUUUCUUUUUCAUUUGUUAUUGUAAUAUUUAAAAAAAUAUUAAUAAAUAUCUUAUAUAAAAAAAAGAUAUUAGGUGAAUUUCACUUUUCAUGCUCAUCAAAAUAGAUUUUCAGCAUAUGGAUGAUAUUGAUAGCAUUAAGUAAAUGAAUUAGUGAUUGGAAAAAUAUUUCUAUUUCUGAGGUUCUAAACCAAGGCCACCAUAGUGCCCUCAGACACAAGCUGCGGUGCAUAAGACCCUUUGCUCUUCCCGAUGUUUUAUCCUUUUAAUUAAAAAAACAUGAUGACAUUUUGUUGUUGAGCGGAACAGUUGCUUGGUUUUUCUGUCUGUGAUAAUUUGUUUGAGUGGGGUGUAGAUAGUUUGCUUGUUUUGAUAGAUGGUUCAGCAUUGCUGCUUUAACUUCUGAAAAAUGAGUACUCUUGUUUCUCCUCAGCUUGUUUUUGCUGCAAUCAUACUUACCUACUGAGAUUGCUGUUAGGGGGAAUGUUGGCCAAUGGUGUGUUUACGUCAGUAGAGAAGGCGUACUGGAGCUUGCACAUAGUCAAAAGGCCCUUUGAAAGUUACUGUUGCUACAGGGGAGCUGCUUUUCUCCCAAACAGCCUCAGUAAACAGCCAUUGGGGUUUGGAGGGCUGACCCACACAUGGCAUUUCUGUGGAAUUGACAGUCCUCCUGGAAGGGUAGCAAAUCUGAAGCUGGGACCCUCACUCACAUAGUUGGUUGUUUAAACAUUGCCUUGAUCAUGCCCAUGGAGAAGCGACUUCCAUGCAACUAGGGUUCAGAAUCAUGUGCUGUUCCCAUACAGUCAAUAGCUCUUUCCCCAUUGAGACAGGUGUGUGCUUCAGCCCAUGCUGGCCCUUUUCUGUCCCAUUGGCUGACAGAGAGCCAUGUGAUUUGUACAGUUCUCCCAGCUGGUGCUCUGAAGGGUUGUCCCAGCGGGGGGGAAGCAUCUGGUUUUCCACAAGGUAUUUACUGCACAUCCCAUUGUGCUAUAGUGCUUUACUAAGAGUAGGGGAAAGAACCAUGUGGCUAUCCCUCUCAGCAUCACAUUUGUCAAACUGGAACAAGAACCUCUAUGCAAGAUACUUUCUCAUAUGAAUCUUUUUGAAGUCAUGGGUUGCUGUUUUUCAUUACAGGGGCCGAAAUAACUACUUUGCAGUUUGGGAAUAUGCAGAAAAUGAAUGGGCCGACAGAAGAAUGUGAGGAUCCUACGCCUGUCUCUCUGAGCAACUGCACUGAUGAAUUUGUAAGAAUUUUUUUGCUUAUUCUUACACUUUACAUUUGUUUUAUUUCCAAAAGGAUGCUUAAAUCUUAAGGAAGAAUUGUAAUGGCAGAGAAAAUAUAUUGUUGUUUCCUCAGCUCCUGAAAUUAACAUUAUAAGUUCCUUGUUGCAAGAACCUGAUUUCUUUUCCUUGUAUUUAUGGCACUUUACAAAGUGCCCUGUGUACUAAAUAUGUCAUUGUCAUCUAAGACAGGAAUGGGUAAACUUGUCAUUCUUCACAUGUAGCUGGACUCUCCAACCAGAAUGGCCACUGAUGAGAAACAUUGAGAGCUGGAGCCUGACGACAUCCGGAAGGCCACAGAUUCCUCAUCCCUGAUCUAGGAUCAGUUAAUCACCAUUAAAACAGUCCUUCUUGAUAAAAACGUUUUGCUUUUGCUUUUCCAUCUAGGAGCUUUGCCAGCAUGUACUGACUGGCUCUUCAUUCUUUCAAUGCAAUGCUGUGGUGGGAGUUAAUGACUACAUUGAGUCUUGUGUACAAGACCUGUGCCUCUGUAAACAAGAAGAUAUCACCUCCUGUCUCUGCGACACUUUUGCUGAAUAUUCCCGGCAAUGUGCUCAUGCUGGUGGGGAACCUCAGAACUGGAGAAGCCCAGACCUGUGCCGUAAGUGUAAAUCACAGCUAGUCAAUUAUUUCAGCUGGACAUUUGAUACAGCUUGACAUGAUAUUCAGCAAUUACUCUGGUGAACUGGAAAUUAGAAGGUACAACCAAAAGUAGAGUACACACAAAGUUGCAUGCUUAUAAAGGUAUUAAUUAAUUAAUUGAAUUUGUAUACUGCCCUAUACCUGCAGGUCUCAGGAUGAGCACCUGACUAGUGGAUGAGCACCAGGCUGUAAGAAGCUGAAGUGUUUCAUAGAUCCCUAUAUUGAGUUUGUCCUGCUUAUGAAUGACUUGCAUAAGUGGUGGGAGACAGAGAGAUACCUCUAACUUGCAGGUGAUACAUAGCUGAGAGAAACUGGAAAAGAAGCAAUCUAGAGGACAUGGUGACAGCUAGGAGUUAUUUGAAUGUAUCAGAACACUGUGUUUUCAGCAAUCAAAUGAUAAAUGCAACUAAUUUAGAAGUUUAGAUGUUCAUCUGCUCAUCAACUCUGCUGUUUUGGGCAAUGGCGAGUCUGGGAGGUAUGAUCUGCAGCUCAUAGAGGAAUGAAGUCAUCAGAGAUGCCCCAGCUUAUAUUGCUCCUGCUUUUGAGAGGACCUUUUCCCCACAGUCUUACCACUUGAGUAAUAAACUAUGAAAGGAGAAAAAGUCCAUCAGGCAGAUUUGUUCAGAAGGAGAUAUUAAUAAAAUGUAACUAAUGUCUAUUAACCAAAUGGUAAAUACCAUCUAGGCCACCAGGGCCCACAAAAAAGUGGAGGCACAUAUACCACUGAGCAAAUGGCAAGCCACAAUACAUGCCUGGUUGGUCACAUGAUGUGCAGGGCCACUCCAUUUUGGCUGGAGGGUCAGAUCCAACAGUGGCUAACCCUCUGAGAGGGCCACUUGGACAGGUCAAUGGGGCCUGAAUUUCCAGCUGUGGCCUGAAUUCCAAAAGUGCAGAAUGGCUUCAAUUAAAGAAUCAGGACCACACUCUUAAGUCUACUUCUGAUUCUUCCUUCUGGCACCUUUUGCAUUUGAUACUUUUUUCUGUCACCUUGCAGGGCAGCAGAAAAGGGCACCAAAUUCAAAAAGCGUCAGAUUCAAGCCACAGCUUGAAGCUUCCCACACCUAAGACCAUAUGAAACCAGGCACAGGGGAGCUGGCCAGAUUCAGAAGUCAGGUGGGCUGGUGGUUCUCCACCACUGCUCUAGCAUAAUGAAAAAAAUCAUAGGAAUUAUAAUAGACCCCAGUCAAAGCAUUCAUCAGUUGUGGCUACAAAAGAAAGCAGGUGCCAUUUGGAGUUGCAGCAGAAAAGCAUUAAAUGCAACACACAGAAGGCAGGUCUCUGUUCAAGGCAGAAUCACUAUAAGGAAUUGUUUAUUAGCUGAGUGUGCUGCGUGUAUCAAAGGGUAACUGAGUUAUAAUUAAUAUCCUUCUUUUCAGCAAUGGAAUGCUCUUCCAACAUGCAGUAUCAAGAAUGUGAAUCACCAUGUACAGACACUUGCUCCAACUCUGAAAGAUCUCAGCUGUGUGAGGACCACUGUGUGGAUGGUUGCUUCUGUCCACCAGGUAAGCUUCCACCUUUGUAUCCAACUGUUGUAGCCCUUUACACACUUGCUCGGUAGUAAGCGCCACAGAUCUUAAUGGGGCACUUGCCUCAUGGUAUUCAAGGUGCAAGCAAGGAAAUCUACAAAAAAGGCAUGUUGUUUUUAGGAAAAGAGAUUGUACAAUUAUAAUUUGUGUCAGGGAAGCUGUGCAUGUAACCAACUAUCAUUUAACAUCCUUUAACCAUUAUAAUGUUUAAGUUAUUUCUUCCUUUAGGAACUGUAUAUGAUGACAUUGACAAUGCUGGCUGCAUCCCCCACGAGCAGUGUUCCUGUGUUUACAAUGGAAAAUCCUAUGCUCCAGGGACAACUUAUUCAGACAACUGCCGUUCUUGGUAAUUGACAACCUUUAAUAUGAUGAACAAGUACUUUGUGUAGGAAUCUAGGCUUGAUCCAUGAUUUCAACAUUUUAAAAGCUCUGCCUAAGUAUUUGAAUGAGUUAUUUCUGAACAUGAUUCCCAAUGAAAGUUCAACAGUAUUUGUGAUAGAUUCCUUACCUUGGCUUCUGCCUAGUGCAGGGGUUGGCAACAUGUGGCCCACGAAGACCAUUCUACAGGCCCCUGAGCCGCCCCACCCGCUUAGCGAGACCUUCGCCCGCUGCACUAAACCAGCACAGCGUGGCGUGGGGACUCACUGAGCGGCGCCGGAAAUCGCAUCUGUGCAUGUGCAGAUACCAGAAAUCGCGUCUGCGCAUGUCCAGAUGCCAAAAAACGCUUCUGUGCAGGCAUGAUUUCUGGCAUCUGGGCAUGCGCAGAAGCGAUUUCCAGUGCCGCGGACAUGUGCAGAUGCAAUUUCCGGCCCAUGGCCGGUAAACCUUGCCAACCCCUGGCUAGUGGCCACACUCCAGCUUAUGCUUCCAUGCAUGUCACAUUAGCCCUGCUCAUUAGGCCUCUGCUAGCCAUUCUGCUACAUAAAAAAGGUAAAGGACCCCUGACAGUUAAGUCCAGUUGUGAACGACUCUGGGGUUAUGGUGCUCAUCUCGCUUUACUGGCCGAGGGAGCCGACGUUUGUCCACAGACAGUUUUUCUGGGUCAUAUGGCCAGCAUGACUAAGCCACUUCUGGUGAAAUCAGAGCAGUGCACGGAAACGCCGUUUACCUUCCCCCUGGAGCAGUACCUAUUUAUCUACUUGCACUUUGACGUGCUUUUGAACUGCUAGGUUGGCAGGAGAAGGGACUGAGCAUCAGGAGCUCACCCUGUCAUGGGGAGUCGAACCGCCGACCUUUCAAUCGGCAAGCAAAAGGCUCAGUGGUUUACACCACAGCACCACCCACAUCCCAUUCUGCUACAUACCGAGCUGCUAUUUAGGCAUGACCAAAUGAAGCCAGUCUUUUGUACAACUCAAUGGGUCAGGAUUACCACUGAGAUGGUUUAGUAGUGACUUUUCACAUCAUUAAGCUAAAAUUCUGCAGUAACAAUAGGAUCCUAGGAAACUGCCUUCUGCCAGAUUACACUAUUUGUUCAUCUUGACUAUUGUUAUCUACUCUGACUGGCAGGCAGGGAUCUUUCCCAUUGCAUGCUACAUCACCCUUUUUACUAGAAAUUCCAGGAAUUGAAUCUGAAACCUUUUGCAUGUAAAGUUUGUGCUUCCCACUGAGCUGUGGAGCUCUUCAUAGGGAAGAAUUCCCCACUGCGCUAAGGCACCUUUGGUGGACUACAACUCCCAUCAUUCCUAGCUACCAGGACCAGAGGUGAUGGGAGUUGUGGUCCAACAUCUGGGGACUCAAGUUUGAGAAAGGCAAUCAUUCCAUCAGGGCAAGCAUUUUGGUCCUUUCCCUACUUCCCCAGCAUGCUGUUUCAGGGGUUCUCAUGACCCCCCCCCCAACCAAGUUCAGAGGGCACCAGGGGGCAUGGCAGGAGGAGAGGAAGGAAAGUCCUAUUGGACAAGCAGUCCGUGUGUGGAGCUUCCUCUGCAUUAGAUGAGUCCGCAUUAGAUGAGUCCCACCCAUAGCUUUUAAGCUCCCACAUGCUGACUCUUUAAACACAAAGCUGUGCUGGUUCCUACACUUUACAAAUGUUUCCACAUACACUUCAAAGAAUGGAACUAAUAAUGGAAAAUAAUAUAAGCUAAUGUCAGUGCAAUAUAUUUCCUUAAAAUGUAUGUUUCUUCUCUUUCUUCCUUUACUUCAAGUUCCUGUAUUGGGGGCCAAUGGAACUGCAUAGAACUCCCAUGUCCUGGCAUUUGCUCAGUAGAAGGUGGAUCACACAUCUCCACUUUUGAUAAAAAACGUUAUAAUGUCCAUGGAGAUUGCGUUUACGUUCUCUCAAAGGCAAGUCACUUAAGAUAUACUGUCACUAUAAUUAGCAAAAAUGUCCCCAUUACCACAGUGCUAUACAGGCACACAAACUCACACUAAUCCUCUUUCUGGGAUUAUAAAACCAGUGUAAUUGUUCCAGUAGUAAAUCCCUUGCUUUGGAUAUCAUGGCACACAGCUUAUUCAGUUUUCCUUUACAAGUUUUAAAUCCCUCUCACUUCCUUAUUGCUUCUACAUUAUCACACCAUUAUUUUCCAUAAAGCAGUAAUGUUUUUUUAGAUGUGUAGAAGACACAGACUCAGAAGAGACACCUUUGGGGAAAAUUAAUAAAGCGGGGGGUGGGGGGCAGAAUCUCAUUUCAGGAGAAUUACAUAUGAUACGACAAUGAAACUGAAAUACAGUUGCUCAGGGAGAUGCUACACAUUCAAAUAAAAGGCCCAUGAGACAACUAGGAAAGUUUGCUUACAUAUUUUUAAGAAGCCCAACACAUUCAAUAUCUAUAAAGGGAGGAAGUAGCAGAUUUUCCUGUUCAACAGUUUUGAUUCAAAAUGUCUACUCUCUCAUUUAAAAGAUCCUGAAUCAGUUUCCCUAGCUAAAGCAACCAUUAUAAGAAGUUAAGUCAAAUCCUAAAACCAAAAUACUUUUGAGUUCAAGGAAGCUAGAACUGUGCAUCUGCGAUACUUUUUCAGUGCAAUCUUAAUUUCUAGGCGCUAUUGCAGUAAGUUUGCGAUGCAGAUGGUAAUUCUUGGGUGUUGGCUUGCUUUUUUAGUUUUGUGGAGAUGAUACAUUUAGUGUUCUCGGAGAACUCCGCAAAUGUGGCCUGACAGAGACUGAGACAUGCUUGAAGAUGGUUGCCCUCAACAUCAAUGGAGACCAGACUGUAAGUUUCUAAACCAAAGGAUAGAGAACACCUUAUAAGCCACAAUGCCUUAAGAGACAGGAGUAACUAGGGGGGCGGGUAUUCAAUUCCAUUCACAUUUAAAGGCACACCUGGCUAAUUCACACUUUCCAAAACUAUAUGGGGAUUUAAACACAGGCACUCUUCAAAAUUUGUACUUCUAUGAAAUUUUCAGUACAGUUCUGUAGCCAAAUAAUUUGUGCAAAAAUGCAUAAACUGAAGCUUAAAAUACACUUUAAGUACAAUUUAAGUGUGCUUAAAAAUUGAAUUAGUGAAAAUAACAUGCAAAAAUGCAUUAUAGUAAGAGAAACAGCUUUGCAAAAAUGUGUAUGUGAGCCAAUUUGCAUACAAACAAAAUUGCAUAAAACGUUUGCAUUAAAAUGCUGAUAAAUUUUCAUGAAGAGUUUUUGUAAAAAUGCAAACUGAUCUGGAAAUGUGGAGAACUAAGCUUGAGACUGGAAAAUCUGAGAGAGACCAAAAAUGACAGAUCCACCCAUUCCUAGAAUAGAAUCUGUAUGUAAAGGCAACUUGCUUUUUCUAGCUGAUGCCCAAAGUAUUAGAGUCAGAAUAAUAAAGUAUCAAAUAAAUUGCCCUUAUGUAUUCCUGAAGACAAUGGGUCAAAUCCAGACAACCAGUGAGUGGAACUGUACUCAUGGAAGUGGGAGGUUUUUGUUGAUAACCGCAACACCCAAGGAGCUACUCCAGAGAGUUGGAGGACCUCUCAGAAGAACAUGGGAAGCAGUACAGUAAGCUGCUAGGGAAAGUAGUAGAAAUCAUCUCUCCUGACUCUUUUUUGUGAGUAGGACUCUCUGCUGGGAUGCCAGCUCCACCAUGAAAAGGAGCUCUUCCAUGACAAUAAUCAGCUCUGAAAAGGCAUUUAGUCCAUGAAAAGCAAAAUGACUUAGUACUCACAAAAGUUCAAUUAGAGAAUGACUGCAAAAUGUGUUUUAAAUUGGUUUCGAAGAAUGUCGUUGAAAGAACUACUUGAAAAGGAGGAAGAAUGGGGCAUGGGGGUGGGAUAAUCAGUUGAGGUUUCAAAUCAUAAAAGCCAACACUGUCAACCAGAACCUUUCAUCUUUGUAUUUUACCAGUUUACGAAAUUAUGGUGUAAUUUGUGCCCCUUACUGUUCACAGUAAUGAAUGCACAGAGAGAUGGAAAGAAUCGGGAUUGGAUUGAUGGAGCAUCCUUUGAACUUAUUUAGGAACAAUAUGCUUCUUAUGGUUGGCAACCUGCCAAAAGCUUGCCUUUUUUAACAUGCAUAUUAGAUAGAUGAUAGAUGAUAGAUAGAUAGAUAGAUAGAUAGGUAGGUAGAUAGAUAGAUAGAUAGAUAGAUAGAUAGAUAGAUAGAUAGAUAGAGAUAGAUAGAUGAUAGAUAGAUAGAUAGAUAGAUAGAUAGAUAGAUAGAUAGAUAGAUGAUAGAUAGAUAGAUAGAUAGACAGAUAGAUAGAUAGAUAGAUGAUAGAAGAUAGAUAGAUGAUAGAUAGAUAGAUGUAAAAAGUGUCCGGCCUCAAAAUCAACCAUUCAAGAUUGGUUAUAUUAAUGCUGAACACUCCCUAAUUUCACUUAUCUGAUAGCAGGACCUGCAUGUAAUAGUUUUUAUCCCCCCCAUAAAGCUUAUUAGAAGAAACAGAAGAUGUAAUUUAUCACCAAACUCAUUAUUACUCCUUUUCUCUUUGUCACCAGACCAUUGUGAUCAGUCCUAAUGGUGGUGUAUUAGUCAACUCGCUCUACACUCAGUUGCCUCUCUCAGCAGGUAUGUUGCAUGUCAGAAACUUCUGUUUGCCAUGGCAGCCUUAAAAGUUUUGAAAUCUUAGGGGCAAGCUCAGCAGAAGGGCUUGUUACUCCACAAGCUAGCAAGGUUUGAUUGGGUUACUAUUUUCCCUUUUCCAGUUCUGCUGGGAAAAGAAAGUUGGGUUUGUGUAGAGCAGAUGUGAGGAACCUGUGGCCCUCUGAAUGUUGCUAGACCACUACUCCCAUCAGCCCCAAGAAGCAUGGCCAAUAGCAGAGUUGUAGUUGUAGUUCAGCAACACUUGGAAGACCAAAUGUUCUCCAUAACUAAUGUAGAGGUUUCCCCUGGAAAUGAAGGAUUCUCUUACCAUCAGCCAUGUUUUAAUAACAUCCAGCCACAGCUACUGUAAUAUAAUGCAUUGUAUGUAAGGCAACCUUUGAAAGGAACUUCCAGAUUAGAUAGCAAGUUUGUUAACCAGGACUCUCCAUAAUGAGAAUAUAAACUGCUGCUGUUUACUACAAGGUCCUAAGCUACCUCUGUAGCUGAGACCAGAGUAUGUGAAGGACAGCCACCUCCUAUAGGAAACUACUUAUUAGCUGAGAUAUAUUUUGUGAAAGGUCUUUCAUCUGGUGUCCAGAGAUUAAGGAGUUGGCUGCCAGAAAUAAGCCCUUUUUUGCACCCCAUUUAUGGGACUGUCUUCUAAAAGAUGUCUGGUGCCAUCGUUGUUAUCAUUCUGGUGCCAGACUAUUCUAUCAUAUUCCCCCAAUCCUUUGAUGGUUACGAUUUGUUAGAUCCAUGCCAUAUAUGCCACAUUAUUGUUUCAGUUCAUACCACUUAAUCAUCAACAAAACUGGGGCAAACGAUGAUAUGGUGGCCAAUGUAGAUUGGGCUGAUGGUUGGGCACAAUCUGAAAGUAAGCAUAUAACUGUUUCAACUUGUAUCAAACCCUUCACACAUCCAUCCAGCCCACAGUCACAACAUGCCAAUGUGCUUGGCUUGCAUGAAUUGGCCUUCACAAAUCUGGUUCUUCUUUUCCUGAGUAAUGGAUGGCAGUUGCAGCUCUGAAUCUCAUAAGAAUGGUGUCUUCUUUGUCCGUAGCUAAUGUAACCAUAUUCAGACCUUCGUCCUUCUUCAUCACUGUGCAUACAAACAUUGGCCUUCAGCUAGUAAUCCAGCUCGUACCCACAAUGCAAUUGUAUAUUCAUGUGGAUCCAUCUUUCAAAGGAAGGACUUGUGGUAAGAAGUAUUUUAAAGCAAAAAGAAAUUUGUGGCAUGCCUGGGGGGCAAAGUAUUAUAAAACUGGACUAUAAAACUCUUUGGGGUUUCUUUCAAAGGUCUCUGUGGAAACUUUGACAAGCGUCAGAUGGAUGACUUCACAGCCAUAAGUGGAGUGGUGGAAGGAACAGCAUCUGCAUUUGCUAACACCUGGAAAACUCAGGCUGCAUGUCCCAACAUCAAACAAAGUUUUGAGGACCCUUGCACGCUUAGCAUUGAAAAUGGUAGGCAUAUUUGAGAAUUAUAAGCAAGACUCACAAACACUUCAAAAUUAUAAUUCUACCUAGCUUGUGGGGAAAAUUAAUAGAAAUAAACAAAUUAGAAGAACUGACUGAAAACAAAUAUUAAUAAAUGGGGAAAUCAGGGGAAAUAAAUAACAAUAAAACCUUGCAAAUCAAGAUCCUGUAGCCACAAUCUAAACAGAAGAAGUUAGGUAUGCCACCCCCCAUUGAAAUACGGUAAGUGGAUGUACACAUGGCUACCUCUUUUUUAGACUGUGGCUUGUAAGUUUUGCAAGUAGUCUAUAAACUAACAGCCCUAUGCAUAAUUGGGUAUAUUGGGUAUCUGUAGCAUGCACAUAUUCAAGAUUUAGAUCAUUUCCUUCCUCAGUCCAUGGCUUCAGGAGGUUCAGCAAUGAGUGAACAGCAGUGAGUAGAACAAGCAUUGUAGCAGCACCAGGAUAUCCUGUCUAGAGUCAGUGAUGUGAGUUGAGGUAAAAGCUGCCAUUUGCACCUAUAGAAAUUCCCAAAACGAUAUGGAUUAAUUUCUUCUCUUUGUAGAAAAAUACGCCCGACAUUGGUGUGGAUUGCUGACUGACUCGGAAGGACCUUUUGCUAAAUGUCAUGCCUCAGUUAAUCCAGCUUCUUAUCAUACGGUAUGAAGCUAUCUGUUACCUCUCAUUGAAAACAGUUUAUUGGAGGAAGUUGAAAAGUAUCUUUGGUUGGGGUAGGCAACCUGGUGUCCUACAGAUAUUUUGGACUGCAACUCCCACUGUCCAUGACAAUUGGCCAUGCUAGCUGGGACUGGUGGGAAUUGUAGUACAGUGGUGCCCCGCAAGACGAAUGCCUCGCAAGACGGAAAACCCGCUAGACGAAAGGGUUUUCCGUUUUUGAGUUGCUUCGCAGGACGAAUUUCCCUAUGGGCUUGCUUCGCAAGACGAAAAUGUCUUGCGAGUCUUGAGAUUUUUUUUUGCUCCCCCCCCCCCUUUAUCUAAGCCGCUAAGCCUUUAAUAGCCUUUUAGCAGCUAAUCCGCUAAGCCGAUAAGCCUUUAAUAGCCGCUAAACCGCUAAUAGCGCUAAUCCGUUAAGCCGCUAAUAGGGUUGCUUCGCAAGACGAAAAAACCGCUAGACGAAGAUACUCGCGGAAUGGAUUAAUUUCGUCUUGCGAGGCACCACUGUAAUAAACAUCUGGAGGGCACCAUGUUGGUUACCACUAAUCUAUAAGGAAACAUAAUGGUGGGACAAGACAAAAUGGGUGGAACUAAAUGGAAGGUGUCAUCAGUAUAGGAUCCAAGCCAUACCAUCACAUGUUUUAGGGAUGAGGCAAGAUAUGUCAUUUCACAGAGAAAAGCAGAAAUCAACAACUGGAGAGGGUGAAACUGACAAGGGAGUAGGGGAGCUGAGUGCUGGGCAGUUAACAUAGGCCAUGCUGAGACAGUGAAAUGCUGAACAUAAACAGAAUGUCCAGGAGUGAAGAUGAUGUGAAAGAAUUUCAAUAGAGCUUCUGGAUGUUCUGAAGGCUGGGAGAAAAGCCAGUCAGGAUUUGACUAGAAGGCAUAGGAGAGUUUAAAGGACUAGUUCACAAAUGCAUGCCCAUCACUUGAUGACUACAGUAUCAAAUGCUGAUUCCAUGAGUAAAUUGGCCCAGUGGCGGAGGAAGGGGGUGCGGGGGUGCAGGUCUCCCCAGGUGUCAUCACUGAGGGAGGUGGCAUAAUGACAAAAAUAUGAGUUUUUAAAAAUAAAUUGGGCUCAUGAAACUUUUUAGUUCAGUCAACAAACGUAACGAAACGCGGCUGGCACUGGGCGCUACACCACGGGGGCCGGCACUUACCACGGGGCCUGCAGCGUGCCCGAGCCACAUGUCUCUCCUGGGAGUGACGUGGUGGCUUGGGCGCCUGCGGGCUCUGUGCUGCCUGAAACGGCAGCGUAGGACUUGCAUCUGCCCUCUGCCUCUCCCUCAGCCAUCCUACAGCUGAGGGGGAGAUGGCAGAGAGGCUCCAUAAAGCCCACUCCGCCCCCAUGGGUGGCUUGUCCCACCCCCCAGCUGCAGGACGUGCGUGCCGCACCCAGCACCCAAGCAGCUAGCUAUGCCGCUGAAUGGGCCAUCACAAAUCAAAUACAGUGGUUCCUCGGGUUACAUACACUUCAGGUUACAGACUCCGCUAAUCCAGAAAUAUUACCUCGGGUUAAGAACUUUGCUUCAGGAUGAGAACAGAAAUUGUGCUCCGGCGGCACAGCGGCAGCAGCAGGAGGCUCCAUUAGCCAAAGUGGUGCUUCAGGUUAAGAACAGUUUCAGGUUAAGAAUAGACCUCCAGAACGAAUUAAGUUCUUAACCCGAGGUAUCACUGUACCACAGACAAUGUUUUCAUGCCAUUCCAUAUCACCACACAUAAACUUUUCAAAAGAGUCAGUUCACAUAUUCUCCUCUGUAUCAUCAACUGAUGAGAAAUCUAGUGUUGCACAUGUAUGAGCUCACUGGCUUUAAGACUUCUGUUUCAGAUGAAUGUCUGAACUCAAUGAGUAGUAUUCUGUGAUAGGUAAAGGUAAAGGGACCCCUGACCAUUAGGUCCAGUCAUGACCGACUCUGGGGUUGUGGCGCUCAUCUCGCUUUAUUGGCCGAGGGAGCCGGCGUACAGCUUCCGGGUCAUGUGGCCAGCAUGACUAAGCUGCUUCUGGCGAACCACAGCAGCGCACGGAAACGCCGCUUACCUUCCCCCUGGAGCGGUACCUAUUUAUCUACUUGCACUUUGACAUGCUUUCGAACUGCUAGGUGGGCAGGAGCAGGGACCGAGUAACGGGAGCUCACCCCAUCAUGGGGAUUCAAACCACCGACCUUCUGAUCAGCAAGUCCUAGGCUCUGUGGUUUAACCGACAGCACCACCCGCGUCCCAAGUAUUCUGUGAUAGUCCUACUCAAAGUAGACCCACAGAAGUUAAUGGCCAUAAGUAACUUGGGUUCAUUAAUUUCAAUGGGUCUAGUCUGAGUAGGAAUACUUCCGUCAUCUCCUGGAUCUAAAUAUAGAUAAAUAUUUCCCCCUUUUAUUCGCAUACACGCCACAUGAUACUUCAUUUUGCUUUGAAGCAUAAUGCUUAUAAUCCUGAGUUGUUUGCAAGUAAUGUUGAUUUCCCUUUCCAGUUAUGAACCAAAAUGUAAGACUGACAAUAGUGAAACUCAGAACUGAAAAUCCAAUUUGGGUCAGCAAUUGUUGUAUCGCUAAAAUGGCCUGAAGGCACAUGAUACAAUUCUACUGCUGAAGCCAAGUACAUCAAGCCCCUGCCUGCUAAAGGAUGAGAGAUGACACUGAAUGGGAUAUUAGUUAGUCUGAAAAAAAGUUACAAGUGAAAUCUAAUCUAGUCAAAUUGAGAAACGGUAGGAAAAGGAUUAUUGACUUGGAAUGGAUUGUUUUUAAUAAGAGCAUUUUCCUGUUCUCUAGAAUUGCAUGUUUGACACCUGCAACUGUGAAAGAAGUGAGGAUUGCAUGUGUGCUGCCCUCUCUUCCUAUGUUAGAGCCUGUGCAGCUGAAAAAGUAGAGCUUCCAGGAUGGAGGACCAAUGUCUGUUGUAAGUCUUCUAAACAGCCAUCUCGGGUCUUAAAAUGAAAUAACUUUUUGUGCCAAUGAAUCUUAGCAUUUUCCUUGUCUUGCUGGGUUCUCUUAGUGAUGGUCUGGAGUAAUAGACUUCAGGACACAUUCCCCCCCCCAAAAAAUAAUAAUCCCAUUUUUAAAAAUAAAAAUAAAAAAGAUGGAUCUAGUCAUGGACAUUCAUGCCUUGAUUUUAUCCAGGCUAGGUUUCAGCAAUGCACUCUAUGUGGAGAUGCCUUCCAAAAGCAUCUGGGAGCUGCAGAUUUCACAAUGCAGCAGCCACACUACUAUCUGAGAUGAAUGUAUAGAACACAUCACUAAUACUACUCUAAUUUCACUGGCUAUCUGCUUCUGGUCUCAAUUCCAAGUACUGGUCUUAACCAUUAAAUUCAUAGUCUGGGACCUGGAUACCUAAAGGAUUGCCCUCACCCAUAAGAACCUGCCCUUGCAGAUUCUGCUCUGUGUCUCCUUGAUGCUCUGUGGCAGAUAGGUACUAGGGACAGAGCAUUUUUAGUUGUGGCACCCUCACUAUGAAAGGCCCUCCUGAAGGUCUGCCUGGCUUCUGUUUCAGCGGGCAUUUAGCUAUCUAUAUAACCACAUGUAUUCUUCCUUUAGUAAUUUAACUUAUUAUUUUUUAAUUCUUUUUUUGUAAACUACUGUGUGUAUGUCUGUGUCUUAGGACGAAAAGGCAGGUCACAGAAAAGCUUUCAAUCAAUCAAUCAAUCAAUCAAUCAAUUAAUCAAGCUGUUUGUUUUUCUCUUUCCAGCCAGAUACACCACUUCAUGCCCCAAAUCCCUGAAUUACAGCUAUUCCAUCAGUUCUUGUCAACCUACCUGCCGAUCUCUGAGUGAACCUGAUGUUACCUGCAAUGUCAAAUUUGUCCCAGUUGAUGGAUGCACCUGUGAAAGUGGAACCUACAUGGAUGAUUAUGGAAAAUGUGUACCUGCUAACAAAUGCCCAUGCUAUUACAAAGGAACGUCAAUACUCUCCGGUGAAGUGCUCCAUGACGUUGGUGUUUUGUGGUAAGAGGAUUCAAGCUGCUGCCUUUAACUUUUUAGUACAGCCUUCACCAACCUGGUGCCCUCCAAAUGUUAGGGACUACAACUCAUGGCAAAGCUCUUCUAGCAUUAUCAGAAUACAUGACUAAGUAGUGCCGGUAUCUGGAAUGCUUGCAUUUUGUCCCAGAUUCUUUUAUCGCUACCUAACUAAUUUCCCCUCCAUAUCUUAUAAGUAAAUAGACCAAAAUGCCUAAAUACAUAAAGAGCAACAGAAUUUGGAAAAACAUCCAAAUUAGUGACCUGUAUGGUCCCAUUUUCAGAUUCUUAAAAAGGUAAAGGUAAAGGUACCCCUGCCCGUACGGGCCGGUCUUGACAGACUCUAGGGUUGUGCGCUCAUCUCACUCUAUAGGCCGGGAGCCAGGGCUGUCCGCAGACACUUCCGGGUCACGUGGCCAGCGUGACAAGCUGCAUCUGGCAAGCCAGCACAGCACACGGAAUGCCGUUUACCUUCCUGCUGGUAAGCGGUCCCUAUUUAUCUACUUGCACCUGGGGGUGCUUUCGAACUGCUAGGUUGGCAGGCGCUGGGACCGAACGACGGGAGCGCACCCCGCCGCGGGGAUUCAAUUUCAGAUUCUAAAUAUCCCUAAAUCACCGGUAUUUCUGGAGUAAACCCAACUGCUCUACUCUGUAUAGGGCACAACUACAGACUCACAAUUUGAAGGCUCCAAGUUUUAAGCACAGCCAGAAAGUGAAUGCAAAAGCAAACCUAAUUCCUCUUUCUUUUACAUAGCACAUGCAGCCAAGGAAAGUUGAACUGCAUUGGUGAUGGGGACACAAAACAGGGUAAGGAGAAUAUACCUAUAUAUGUAAAAUAUGUUAUAUAUACUUACUUUCCAUCUUGGAAAGUUGCAGACAAUUGGGCUGCGUUCCUUAUUUUGUUAAAAGCCUUUUAUAUUGUAGAUGGCUACAAAUUGACAACUGGGCACAACUAUUAAAUAUUCACUGGAAAACCAUAUUCAUUAAAAGUUUCAAGUUAAUACGGGCUUCAUAGUUAAUUAUAUAAUAGUUCCACAAACCAUAGUAGACUUCUGUUCAAAAGGUUUGUUUGAGGUCUUCCUGUUCUGUGGUACCCAUGCCUGUCCUUUCAUCUCUUACACAUUUUCUCUCCUUUUGCCCUGCUAGUCUGCAUUGCCCCCAUGGUCUACUUUAACUGCAGAAAUGCCACUGCAGGCCAAACUGGAGCUGAAUGCCAGAAAAGCUGUCAGACUCUUGAUAUGCACUGUGUAAGUAUGCAGAACCGGAUGAUAUUUUAAGAGACUGUGCUAUCAAUCAGAAUGUCCUUUGCUUUUGUCACAAACUUAUUAUCUGACCUUAGACAAGGCACUCUCCUGUCCUCACCCUCUUCCCCAUCUAGAGUAGGGGGUGAGGGAUCUCAGGAUGUUAGCUGAACAGAGCCCUCCCAGCCUCCGUAUCCUCAGGCCUCUUUUCAGCCCAUUCCCCUCCCUGGUCCUGCUUCGUGUCCUCAAGUGCUUUUGCCUGUUUGGAAUGUGUUUUGAACUGUGACAAAUGCCUAUUGCUUGUCUGGAUGAAGGAUGGAAGAUGGAGAAGUGUGUGAACCUCUGCCUUUUGCAUGAUCAGAAUGUAGACUACUGUACAUAAGGUUAGGGUUACAUCUGUUGCUCCACUCACAUUUACCUCUGACCCAACCUACCACUGGCAUGAAAAUCCUGGAAGGUUGUCAACAAGAAAGGUGGACCUCAGACUGAAAACAUUCCCCAUCCCUGAGCUGCAGGAUUAUAAUGCAUAUAUUGGAACUUUGCAUAAUUUCUUACUUAUUUCAUUAAAUAUACAUACCACUAAAUUAAACACACCCACACCCACCUACAAGUGGUUUACAAAAAAAGCAGGGGAUAAGCAUGGGAUCUUCCAUUCUCUUUAGUGUCAGGGAAUGAACAGUCUUCACAUGCUCCAGCAUCAAAGUUAAGUGGACCAGCCACUGCUCAUUCAAACCUUAAUGUUUACACUGGAGACCACCUUGCAAACUGGGGCUCCUGAGUAUGCACAAGAGCUGCUGAAUUAGGUGUCAGUUCACAAUUUAACAAGCAUAGGCUUUCACCCACUUGAAUUCCCACAGCCUACAGUCUUUUGAUCCAGUCCUGUUUUAGUGGACUAAUUCAAUUGUUAUCAGCAUUAUUCUCUCUUCUGAAGUAAUGCUUUCUUGGCUUUUACAGUAUAGCACACAGUGUGUCUCUGGCUGCAUGUGCCCUGCUGGGCUGGUGUCAGAUGGUAAAGGGGGCUGCAUCGCUAUGGAAGAGUGUCCAUGCAUUCACAAUGAUGCCACAUAUCAGCCAGGAGAGAAGAUUAAAGUCAACUGUAACACCUGGUAAGGACUUCUUAAAGAAAAUGCCUCUUGUUACCAUCAUCUUAUAUGUUCCUAAAAUAACCAACACAAAAAAUAUAAAUAAUUAUCAGGUUGAAUAACAGGUUGGCAGAUAUACAUAGGGUCAUUUCACGUAUUACACUAUUAUGCAUGUACACCAGAGUUUACUCUCUAAUGUACACCUAUGUAUACUAUAAAUAACUAAAGAAAGAAAUACCUAAAAAUAUUAUGUGGCUAUGACAUUUUUUUAUUAAUAAAUGUGUAUUCUAUUUGUCAAAUUAAAUUUUCCAGGGUGACUUAUGUAAAAUCCACAUACAACAAACAACAUCAUGAAAGGCAGCAGAUAAAAGCAUAAUUAAAAACAGUCAAUUCAGACUUUAAAGUUCGUUAAAAGGCCAUAGACAACAAAGUGGCCCUCAUCUGUUGCCAAAGAAACAUAGUAGCAUGGGCACCAGCUAAACCACUCUGGCUGUUCCUUAGAUGGGCUGUGACCACUGAACAAGCUUCCUUCCUGGUCACCCCCUGCCACACCCCAAGUCUGCGGGCACACCUAGAAGAAAGCUUCUGAUGGUAACUUUUGUGCAUUGACAGGCUGAUGUGGAGGUGAAUGAGCCAAGUAACCAAAUACAGCUGGAUAGGAGGAACUUCAUAUCCUCAUUAGCACAAUGAUACAUUAUACACACAGUCACACACAUACAUCUUGCUUAUUUCUGAACAAAUCAGAAAAGUGUUAUAAGGGAGGUCUGGGCUUUUAUAAGGCACCUGCUUGGCCAUUGUGAGAACAGAUGCUGGACAGGAUGGGCCAUUGGCCUGAUCCAGCAGACUCUUCUUAUGUUCCCCUUAGGCUAGUCCACAAUAUGGUACAGUGAACUUGUAACGUUCUUGAGUGGCCUAUGAAAGAACUUACAUAGCUCAUUUCUUUUAAUUCCCAUCUUUCUGAUGUUUUACAGGUUGUAAGAAAUAAUGCAGCUUCCCUUGCUCUCCCCUCCCCUCUCCACACAUUGCCUAUGAUUAAUUUAAGAGAUAAGUAAUUUAAGCCUGUGUUAAAGGAGUACAUGCCAGCUUAUAUCUGCGCAAACCAAGGAAUCACUUUAAAAUGCUCUAUUUUCUCCCUUCUUCUCCCUCAGCGUAUGUAAGAACAGGAUGUGGGAAUGCACCAAGGACAGAUGCCUAGGUACCUGUGCUGUUUAUGGAGAUGGGCAUUAUAUCACCUUUGACGACAAGCGUUACAUUUUCAAUGGGAAAUGUGAAUAUACACUAGUUCAGGUACUGAGCAAUUUGUCUUGGCCUUAUGAAUGGAGAAUUAAGCUGAAUACACCACAGAAUGAAGUCAUCUCUUCCCUUAUUUCACCCUCCCCUUCUUAGGAUCACUGUGGACAGAACAACUCUGCCUCCGGAACAUUCCGAGUCAUCACCGAAAAUGUUCCCUGUGGUACUACUGGAACCACUUGCUCAAAAUCUAUUAAAGUCUUCUUUGGGGUGAGUAGCGUUACCAGUACUAUUAGGGAACUGUAUCAGGGUUUAGCAUGAGAUGAUUUAAUCUGCAUACUAGGUUCCAAACAAGCAACUAAGUGAGGCAAGGAGGUGAAGUGGAAAGAGAAAGUGAGGGCAGGAGAAGAGACUUCUAUCCUCUCACCACCUACAGCCCCCCCUCCCUCCUGCUAGUCUUGCACCUACUGAGCCUCUCACCUUCAGGCAAGCCAGCACCAGCAGUUGAGAGCAGCAGAGAUAAGCCACUGCUACAAUUGUUUUAACUGUUUUUAAUUUGUGUGGUUUGUUGUUGUUGUUUGUUUGUUUGUUUUUACUGAGUGAGGGGAGAUGCGUUUGAAAAUAGAGGAGAUUGAGGAGUGCCCCAAUCAGAGUGGUUCAGGAUAGGGGCGAGGUAUAAUGUGGGAGGCGGGGCAGACCGGGUAAGGGGCACAUGUCACAGGCAGUUAGUGACUGUGCCAUGUGCCAGCCCCUUCUCCAACCUGGGUAAUUGUGGUUGUCAUAUCAGCCAGCCCUUGAUUCUGCAGGCACUAUUGCUGAAUGCCAGGUCAGCUCUGAACAAGACCUUCCUCAUCCCUGGUCUGAUUAUGAAUGAGGAGGCCAAUCCGUUCUGCAUCACUGAGACCUAGGUGGGUGAGCAGGGUGGAGUUGGACUCACACACACCAGUACUUGGUGCAGCAUCACGGCAGACUUGAGGGUCGCUGAGGGGAAGUUGCUCUGGUCUGUAGAAAUUAUCUCUCUCUCGGCUUUCUGAGCAGUUGGGUGGGUGGCAUCUAGAGUGUGUGAUCCUGGCACUGGGCAACCAGGACAGAUUAGGAGUUCUGGCUUACCACCCACCUCGCUGCCCAACAGUCUCCCUGCCUGAAUUUUCUGCAACACAUUAUACGUAGGGUUGAUGGAUGAUGAACACCAGUUUUUGUUUUUGAACUUUGUAAUGACUUUCCCCCAUUCUUUAUUUUGCUCCCCCAGAACUAUGAUCUGAUCCUCAGUGAGGAGCGCCAUGAAUUAAUACAAAGGGGUGAUGGAGGCCAAGUACCUUACAAGAUUCGCUACAUGGGCAUGUAUUUGGUUAUUGAAGCAAACAAUGGGCUGAUCCUUUUAUGGGAUAAGAAAACCAGCGUAUUUAUCAAAUUACGUGAUGAUUUCAAGGUGAUGCACUUUUUACAAGACUAGUGCCUCUUACAUUUUAAGUUUAAAUGUGCAUAAUUUAGAUGCAAAUCCCACUCAUUUCCAUGGCAAUUAUUUCAAUUGUAAGUGUGCUUAGAGUCACACCUUAAGAGCUGAUUUUCAAGACAGAAACCAUGGGGAGGUCAUCUGAAAUAGCCUCUGCAAAAAGGAUGGUUCAUAAGGGAAACUACUUCAGAUGCCUUGUCUCUUUGGUAUAUAUUGGUUCCCGGCAUGACUGGCUUUCAUGCAACUGCCUACACCGGGAUUAUUUGAAGAUGACAUGGGGCAUAUCAAACAAACAGGGCUAUUCCACAGGGAGCUGCUGCUGCAUGGAAGAAAUUGCAAACAGCCUCUGCUUGACAUCCAUAUUGUAUAAAGUACCAUUAGUAAACAGGUAUAUGAUUCUGAUUUAGAUGAGUAUCUGUUUGCAAUCUCACCUUGCAAGCAUCUACUUUUUAACUGACCCAGAAAACACCAUGUUUUGAUAAGGAGACCAAAUAUAAUAGUUCUGUUAUCAUUUCAAAAUAUGAGCAAUGUUUGAACAUUUCAAUGAAUUUUAUACCAAUGCAGUAUAUUUUCAAUUUAUGUCUGCUGCCCUUUUGAUCAGCAUAUGACAAUAAGAUGGAGAAGUUAUGAAUAGACAACAACUUGUAGAUUAACAAUAACUGAGAAAUUGAACACAAUAUAAAAUUCUUUUUUUUUUUUUGUAUUUUUGAACAAAUGCAAAAUAAUCUUCAUAGGAAGGAAAGAAAAAACAAAUCUCUUACCUCUAGGCACACAUGGCUUGUGUUUUCUAAAUGCAACAAAUAAUGAUAGUUUCCUGUAAUAAGAGAUGGCAGCGUGUUAAUUAACCAAAUGGGAGAAAAUCAAAAAUUAAGUUGGGCUAAGAGGUUCAUGCAAUUUAUCUGUAACUCAAGUGUUUUCAUUGCUUCUUUGUGCAGGGUCAGGUCUGUGGUUUAUGUGGGAACUAUGAUGGCAAUGGAAUGAAUGACUUCACUACCCGGAGUCAGUCUGUAGUAAGUGAUGUGCUGGAGUUUGGUAAUAGUUGGAAGGUGUCUCCCACAUGUCCUGAAGCCAAAUGCACAAAGGAUCCUUGCUUCAAGAACCCUUACAGAAAGUCCUGGGCACAGAAGCAAUGCAGCAUCAUCAACAGCAAGGCCUUUGCUGCCUGCCACUCUCAGGUAUACCUUGCGGCAGAACUAUCUUGAAGUCUAGAAUUUUUCAGGUGUUCACCACAAUUCCUGAGCAAUUACAAAUCUAUAAUUAUACAUGUGGUGGUUUCAUGGAUUUCAACAGUCCAUUACAGAAGGCACGUAACACCCUACAGGAUGUCACCAACUCUGAAGACUGUCUAGCAGCACCUUUAAGUAGUGCCUUUAACAACCCUCUACUAUGUGUCCCACUGCUGUCAUAUUCUAGAUUUUGGAGUGUGUUCAGUGUAAAUGUUUAUCACUAGAUCCUGUUUCUAAUGCUUUGGAUUGUGAAGAAGCCAUUUAGAAAAAUACUAAUAAGAAGAAUUCAGGCUAAGUCAAGACAGACCAUUCAGAAAAUUAGCUUAUGCUGAUAUCUUUUCUUCCUGUUUUAAAGGGAAGUCCCUAACUGACUGUUAUGACCCAAUUUAUUGCCUUCUUUUGCUAAUCAAUUCUUGAUGUGAAUAUUCAACUAUGGAACUUUUACCACCCCAAUACAGCAGGCAAGAUACGUGUGCAUAAAUGGAAUUUUGCUUACAGGCCUGUAUUUGUGCCAAUGCAAAAAGAUAAUGGGAGGGCAGUUCCAGGUCUGUGCAGUCUUUUGGAGGGAAAGAGUGGGUAUGGGAGUCAGUCUGGAUACCCCUUCCCCUCCCCUCCUCUCUCCAAGAGGUGAUCCACGCUGCCUCAAUGAGCAGUGCUCAUAUUCUUCAGCAGGCUGCAUGAGCACACCAGUCGGUGUACAGUCUUCUGUGUGAACACUCUGGAUCAGGGCCUCUAUCUUCACCACUUAGAGCAAAGUGUGAAAGGAUGUUAAAUGUGCCUUCCCAUUGCACCUGAAGGUUUUGGGGAUAUUUUUUUAAAAUGCAGCUAACACUCCCUGAAAAGACACUUUUCAUGGAUAGACAUUUUAGAUGUGAACUUCUCGCUGACUUUGAAUUUCUUACGUUCCUUAUGUUUGGUUUUUGUUACACUGUAUGCAAAUAUUUAAUGUACAGUGGUACCUCGGGUUACAUACGCUUCAGGUUACACACUCCACUAACCCAGAAAUAGUGCUUCAAGUUAAGAACUUUGCUUCAGGAUAAGACCAGAAAUCGGGCUCCGGCGGCGUGGCAGCAGCAGGAGGCCCCAUUAGCUAAAGUGGUGCUUCAGGUUAAGAACAGUUUCAGGUUAAGAACGGAUCUCCGGAAUGAAUUAAGUACUUAACCCGAGGUACCACUGUAAAUAGAAUCAGCUGGUGUGGUGGAGGGGCUGAUAAUUACUGUUUACACAUUAAAUGCAAAGAUGCAUUCAGACCUCAUAUUUAGUUUGGCCCUUUGGAUCUUUUGCACACUAGCCAACAGUCUAUGAAAGCAAAUGCAAACCCAGGGGGUGGGGAUAUUACCAACAACUUCUCAAACACACUAUCGCCAGUGGAACAAACUUAGGAAAUGUCAGCAGGACCCAUAGCUGAUGCUUCAAUGUUUUAACAGGUUGAGCCAACGAGAUAUUACGAAGCUUGUGUAACUGAUUCCUGCGCUUGUGACAUGGGGGGAGAUUGUGAAUGCUUCUGUACAGCUGUAGCUGCGUAUGCUCAAGCAUGUAGUGAAUUUGGAGUGUGCAUAUCAUGGAGAACACCAUCAUUCUGUCGUGAGUAUUGGACCACACUUGAAUGUAUACUGGAAGUGGGAGGAGGGUGAAGGGGAAAUGAGAUAUUAGCUUCAAGAUAAUUUUUCCAUUAGAUAUAUAUGACAAUAAACAGCACACUGAAGAAAAUGUAUGGAUUUGUGUGUGUGUGUGUGUGUGUGUGUGGUACAGUACUGUGAAUACCUUCAAUGAAUCAGCAACUGCCUAAUGUAGGAUUGUUGAUAUAACUAUGUUGCAGUAAAUAGAAAUAACUACAUUCAUUUUCAGUGCUUUCUUCAUGCCUUUGCUUCCCACCUUCUUAUCAGUUUAGGUAUUGGCCUCAUGAGCAUACUUUGUCAUGGUGCCCACCAUUAUUUUAAUGGCAUUGACAGCAAUACAGAUCCAUGGUGGAAUGUCUGGUCCUCAACCUUUUUCUUUUGGUUCCCCUUAGCAAUGUUCUGUGAUUAUUACAAUGAUGAACGUGAAUGUGAAUGGCACUACAAGCCUUGUGGAGCCCCAUGCAUGAAGACAUGCAGAAACCCAAGCGGGAGAUGCCAUUAUCAGUUGCCUGGCUUGGAAGGUAAGAAGACUUCUAGUGACUUAUAGGGUCAUUAAGCCAGCUAUGCACAACAUUUAAUAGGUUUCAAGUUUGGGGGAGUGUUGUUGGUUGUCUAAACCAACAGAAAAUAGGUCACCUUGUGUUCUCAUCUUUUUGGGUUUCAAAUGGCUUGCAAUCAGGCUUAAAUUCUAUGAGCCAGCCUAGAUGUGAUCAAGGGCUCAUUCGACACACCUGCAAAUGACCACAACCUUUUUCCUUUCAUGGAAACUUGGAAGCAUGUGGAAAAGCUAUUGGUGGAAAGAUCCCAGCACUGGACCAGAUGACAAAUAUUAAUUAAAAUACGCCCCCCCAAAAAAGUAAAUUAAAUGGAAUUGCUUUUUGACAGAUUUUAUAUAUUGCUCUUAUCUCCCUCACACCUUCCUUUGUCUCAGGCUGCUACCCACACUGUCCAGCAGACAGGCCUUAUUUCAAUGAGGAUGAGAUGACGUGUGUUGAUGUGUGUGGCUGUUAUGAUGAUCAGGGUAACUAUCAUCCACUAGGAAAAACAUUUGACUCAAGAAAGACAUGUCAGGCAUGGUAAGUAUGUAUAGCUUGACAACACUAAGAGAAAUGAUCAAUUACAGUAGCACCUCCAGUUACGUUACUCUCGGUAACGUAAACUUCAGGUUGUGAAAGCGACAAACCUUUUCAUCGGGUUGCGAAAACCUUGGGAUCCGGCUGGACCUCCAGAAUGGAUCCUGUUCGCAACCGGAGGUACUACUGUACUCUCUGUAUACCCCUUGAGAUGUUAUUCUUGUUGAUUCUAGAAUGAAUCUUGUUGCUCUGAUUGCAUCCUUUAUCAUAUACUCAUAAUAUACCAUUAGAAUGAAGUAUGCUGAGAAUCUAAUUGAUUGAAGUAAUAUUUUAAAUUGGAUUUUACAUACACAAUAAAUCCCAAAAACCAGAACAAGAAAAUUAUUAGAAUGUUCCUAUUUGCAAUUCAGUGUGAAAGUGGUAGAUGAAAUCACAGACAAGAAGUAGUACAGUAAAUGAAUGCUUAAGGGGGCAGGGGAAAAACUAUGAAAUUAACUUCCAGACCAAACUAAGUAGAAAAUAAACAGCAGAAUGCAGUUUUAUGAUUCCUGGGUCUCACAUUUUCCUAUCAUUUUUUUACAGUACAUGCACCAGUAGAGGCAUAGAGUGUAACUACGAUGCCAAAGGUAAGCUGUAUGUAGUGAGUUAUGAAUGGCACCUUAUAUCAUAUUUCAUAUGAUGUUAUCUGACCAUUCUUACUCUGUCAAUUUUCAGCAUGCUACUGCUAUUAUGAAGGAAAGACAUAUAUCUACAAGGAUGUCAUCUACAACACCACAGAUGGCUUGGGCUGGUGCAUGAUUGCAACGUGUGAUGUCAAUGGAACAAUCCACAGAGAACUAUUCAGAUGUGGUGGGACUACCACAAUACCACCUACAGUUUCAACUACAACACCAAGUCAAGCAGGUAUUUCAGUCCAAAUCUUUUGCUUCAACUCUUUCCAAACUUCGCUGAGUGAAGUUCCAUUGAACACAGUGAAUAAUACUUCUGAGUAGACAUGCACUGCACCACACCAAAGAGCAGAGAAGCAGCUCCUACCACUGCAGUAGUAGCACAAAUAGCACCACAUCUUGGGUCAGCUGUUAAAAUCAGAGGUGCCAUACAACACCACACAAAGGGACAAAUUCAACUAAAUACUUCUGUUAAUAGAGCCAGCACAAAUGAGUCCCACUAGUGCAACAGGGCUUGUACUAAUGGAGCAAUCUCCUUAGCGCUACUUAGAUAUUUGAGCCAGCUCCAUAACAUAAUUUUUUGCCAAUUAUCUCAACCAAACUAGAUGUAAAUGCGAUAUGAUCAAAAGCAAGCAUUUAUAAACAAAGUAUGUAAGAAAAUGAAGAGAUAAUGAAAAACUUUACAAAUCUUCUAUAACAUAGGAAAACAUCCCCAAAUACACCAUAUUCAUAUUUUUUGUUACAUGUUGCAUAUAUUAUUUUAAAAUAAAAAUAUACAAGAUGGAAAUCAACAUAAAGUUAAGUUGAAGGUUCAAUUGGCUCAAGCAUGGCAGCUCCCCAGAUGGAAUAAUCCACUUCCACCAAUGUGCUCUUCUGGUUCCCCCGCCCCCCAAUCCCUGCCUCAUCUACAGAAAAAACUUGGGAGAGAGGUUACAUGGGAGAAGGAGAGAGGAGGCAGAUAACAGAUAGGGAGAUUUAUUAUCUAAAUAAACUGGAUUAAAAUAACCAGUGAUGUUGUUUCUUACAGAAUCCACUACAGCGCAAACAACAGUAUGUGUCCAUAGAACAUGUGAAUGGACAGAAUGGUAUGAUGUCAGCUACCCUAAAUUUGGACGAGACAAUGGGGAUUAUGAAACACCAGAGAAAAUAAGAGACAGAGGAAACAAAGUAUGUAAAAUGCCAGAUGAAGUGGAAUGCAGAGCUCAGCGCUUUCCUAAUGAAAGCAUAGAAACCCUCGGACAAAAGGUACAAUGUUCCAAGUCUAACGGUUUGAUAUGCAACAAUAAGGAUCAGACACCACCAAUCUGCCUGAAUUUUGAAAUCAGGUUCCUAUGCUGCCUAUACACACCAUGUGGUGCAUCAACAACUCCAGCAACACCAGAAAUAACAACAGCAGGAUCCAGAACUACAUCUAAAGUGACAGGUGGCAUAACAACCACCCUGACACCCCUUGUUACCACUACGGCAGGAAGCAUCACUACCGGUUGCCAACCCAAAUGCCAGUGGACCUCUUGGUUCAGUUUUCACACUCCAAGCUCCGACCCUGGGGAUGGCGAUCGCGAGGACAUUAAGAGCAUCCAGGCAUCGGGCGGUACCAUCUGCGAGCACCCUCAAGAGGUGGAGUGCAGAGGAGUGGACUACCCAGAGCUCAGCGCAUCUGAACUUGGACAGAACAUGAUCUGCGAUAUCAACACUGGACUCCUUUGUGAGAAUGCCAAACAGACAGGGAAGUACAAGAUCUGUUACGACUAUGAGAUGAGAGCACUGUGUUGCGACUACAAGCACUGUGAAACCACGCCAGCGCCACUGGUCACAACAAGUGCCACCACCACAGAAGCCCCAGGUAGCACGGUGGGCAAAAGCACGGCUCCAGCAUCCUCCACGGGCUCUGCGCCACCUCCUGUUGUCCAUACCACCACCGAAAGCACCACCCUUGUUUCCACAACACCAGGAGUAACCACAGGAAAGCCAACAACCACAGAAACACCAGGCAGCACGGCAGGCAAGAGCACGGCUCCAGCAUCCUCCACGGGCUCUACGCCACCUCCCGUUGUAUUCACCACCACCGAAAGCACCACCCUUGUUCCAACAACUCCAGGAGUUACAACAAGAAAGCCAACCACCACCACCCACUCAACGCCGCUUUCCACCCUCCCUCUCACAACACCAGGCUCAGUCAGCACUGCUGCCGUCUCCACUGGAGUGGUCCCCACUGUGACAGCCACAACACUCCAGUCCACUCCUGUUUCCAAGCCUUCCUCAACAAUACCCACCACCGGGACCACUGCACAAACCCCUCCAGGCCUGCUGACCACAACAACCACCCUGGCUCCCCUUGUUACCACUACGCCAGGAAGCACCACUACCGGUUGCCAACCCAAAUGCCAGUGGACCUCUUGGUUCAGUUUUCACACUCCAAGCUCCGACCCUGGGGAUGGCGAUCGCGAGGACAUUAAGAGCAUCCAGGCAUCGGGCGGUACCAUCUGCGAGCACCCUCAAGAGGUGGAGUGCAGAGGAGUGGACUACCCAGAGCUCAGCGCAUCUGAACUUGGACAGAACAUGAUCUGCGAUAUCAACACUGGACUCCUUUGUGAGAAUGCCAAACAGACAGGGAAGUACAAGAUCUGUUACGACUAUGAGAUGAGAGCACUGUGUUGCGACUACAAGCACUGUGAAACCACGCCAGCGCCACUGGUCACAACAAGUGCCACCACCACAGAAGCCCCAGGUAGCACGGUGGGCAAGAGCACGGCUCCAGCAUCCUCCACGGGCUCUACGCCACCUCCUGUUGUCCAUACCACCACCGAAAGCACCACCCUUGUUUCCACAACACCAGGAGUAACCACAGGAAAGCCAACAACCACAGAAACACCAGGCAGCACGGCAGGCAAGAGCACGGCUCCAGCAUCCUCCACGGGCUCUACGCCACCUCCCGUUGUAUUCACCACCACCGAAAGCACCACCCUUGUUCCAACAACUCCAGGAGUUACAACAAGAAAGCCAACCACCACCACCCACUCAACGCCGCUUUCCACCCUCCCUCUCACAACACCAGGCUCAGUCAGCACUGCUGCCGUCUCCACUGGAGUGGUCCCCACUGUGACAGCCACAACACUCCAGUCCACUCCUGUUUCCAAGCCUUCCUCAACAAUACCCACCACCGGGACCACUGCACAAACCCCUCCAGGCCUGCUGACCACAACAACCACCCUGGCUCCCCUUGUUACCACUACGCCAGGAAGCACCACUACCGGUUGCCAACCCAAAUGCCAGUGGACCUCUUGGUUCAGUUUUCACACUCCAAGCUCCGACCCUGGGGAUGGCGAUCGCGAGGACAUUAAGAGCAUCCAGGCAUCGGGCGGUACCAUCUGCGAGCACCCUCAAGAGGUGGAGUGCAGAGGAGUGGACUACCCAGAGCUCAGCGCAUCUGAACUUGGACAGAACAUGAUCUGCGAUAUCAACACUGGACUCCUUUGUGAGAAUGCCAAACAGACAGGGAAGUACAAGAUCUGUUACGACUAUGAGAUGAGAGCACUGUGUUGCGACUACAAGCACUGUGAAACCACGCCAGCGCCACUGGUCACAACAAGUGCCACCACCACAGAAGCCCCAGGUAGCACGGUGGGCAAGAGCACGGCUCCAGCAUCCUCCACGGGCUCUACGCCACCUCCUGUUGUCCAUACCACCACCGAAAGCACCACCCUUGUUUCCACAACACCAGGAGUAACCACAGGAAAGCCAACAACCACAGAAACACCAGGCAGCACGGCAGGCAAGAGCACGGCUCCAGCAUCCUCCCACGGGCUCUACGCCACCUCCCGUUGUAUUCACCACCACCGAAAGCACCACCCUUGUUCCAACAACUCCAGGAGUUACAACAAGAAAGCCAACCACCACCACCCACUCAACGCCGCUUUCCACCCUCCCACUCCACAACACCAGGCUCAGUCAGCACUGCUGCCGUCUCCACUGGAGUGGUCCCCACUGUGACAGCCACAACACUCCAGUCCACUCCUGUUUCCAAGCCUUCCUCAACAAUACCCACCACUGGGACCACUGCACAAACCCCUCCAGGCCUGCUGACCACAACAACCACCCUGGCUCCCCUUGUUACCACUACGCCAGGAAGCACCACUACCGGUUGCCAACCCAAAUGCCAGUGGACCUCUUGGUUCAGUUUUCACACUCCAAGCUCCGACCCUGGGGAUGGCGAUCGCGAGGACAUUAAGAGCAUCCAGGCAUCGGGCGGUACCAUCUGCGAGCACCCUCAAGAGGUGGAGUGCAGAGGAGUGGACUACCCAGAGCUCAGCGCAUCUGAACUUGGACAGAACAUGAUCUGCGAUAUCAACACUGGACUCCUUUGUGAGAAUGCCAAACAGACAGGGAAGUACAAGAUCUGUUACGACUAUGAGAUGAGAGCACUGUGUUGCGACUACAAGCACUGUGAAACCACGCCAGCGCCACUGGUCACAACAAGUGCCACCACCACAGAAGCCCCAGGUAGCACGGUGGGCAAGAGCACGGCUCCAGCAUCCUCCACGGGCUCUACGCCACCUCCUGUUGUCCAUACCACCACCGAAAGCACCACCCUUGUUUCCACAACACCAGGAGUAACCACAGGAAAGCCAACAACCACAGAAACACCAGGCAGCACGGCAGGCAAGAGCACGGCUCCAGCAUCCUCCACGGGCUCUACGCCACCUCCCGUUGUAUUCACCACCACCGAAAGCACCACCCUUGUUCCAACAACUCCAGGAGUUACAACAAGAAAGCCAACCACCACCACCCACUCAACGCCGCUUUCCACCCUCCCUCUCACAACACCAGGCUCAGUCAGCACUGCUGCCGUCUCCACUGGAGUGGUCCCCACUGUGACAGCCACAACACUCCAGUCCACUCCUGUUUCCAAGCCUUCCUCAACAAUACCCACCACCGGGACCACUGCACAAACCCCUCCAGGCCUGCUGACCACAACAACCACCCUGGCUCCCCUUGUUACCACUACGCCAGGAAGCACCACUACCGGUUGCCAACCCAAAUGCCAGUGGACCUCUUGGUUCAGUUUUCACACUCCAAGCUCCGACCCUGGGGAUGGCGAUCGCGAGGACAUUAAGAGCAUCCAGGCAUCGGGCGGUACCAUCUGCGAGCACCCUCAAGAGGUGGAGUGCAGAGGAGUGGACUACCCAGAGCUCAGCGCAUCUGAACUUGGACAGAACAUGAUCUGCGAUAUCAACACUGGACUCCUUUGUGAGAAUGCCAAACAGACAGGGAAGUACAAGAUCUGUUACGACUAUGAGAUGAGAGCACUGUGUUGCGACUACAAGCACUGUGAAACCACGCCAGCGCCACUGGUCACAACAAGUGCCACCACCACAGAAGCCCCAGGUAGCACGGUGGGCAAGAGCACGGCUCCAGCAUCCUCCACGGGCUCUACGCCACCUCCUGUUGUCCAUACCACCACCGAAAGCACCACCCUUGUUUCCACAACACCAGGAGUAACCACAGGAAAGCCAACAACCACAGAAACACCAGGCAGCACGGCAGGCAAGAGCACGGCUCCAGCAUCCUCCACGGGCUCUACGCCACCUCCCGUUGUAUUCACCACCACCGAAAGCACCACCCUUGUUCCAACAACUCCAGGAGUUACAACAAGAAAGCCAACCACCACCACCCACUCAACGCCGCUUUCCACCCUCCCUCUCACAACACCAGGCUCAGUCAGCACUGCUGCCGUCUCCACUGGAGUGGUCCCCACUGUGACAGCCACAACACUCCAGUCCACUCCUGUUUCCAAGCCUUCCUCAACAAUACCCACCACUGGGACCACUGCACAAACCCCUCCAGGCCUGCUGACCACAACAACCACCCUGGCUCCCCUUGUUACCACUACGCCAGGAAGCACCACUACCGGUUGCCAACCCAAAUGCCAGUGGACCUCUUGGUUCAGUUUUCACACUCCAAGCUCCGACCCUGGGGAUGGCGAUCGCGAGGACAUUAAGAGCAUCCAGGCAUCGGGCGGUACCAUCUGCGAGCACCCUCAAGAGGUGGAGUGCAGAGGAGUGGACUACCCAGAGCUCAGCGCAUCUGAACUUGGACAGAACAUGAUCUGCGAUAUCAACACUGGACUCCUUUGUGAGAAUGCCAAACAGACAGGGAAGUACAAGAUCUGUUACGACUAUGAGAUGAGAGCACUGUGUUGCGACUACAAGCACUGUGAAACCACGCCAGCGCCACUGGUCACAACAAGUGCCACCACCACAGAAGCCCCAGGUAGCACGGUGGGCAAGAGCACGGCUCCAGCAUCCUCCACGGGCUCUACGCCACCUCCUGUUGUCCAUACCACCACCGAAAGCACCACCCUUGUUUCCACAACACCAGGAGUAACCACAGGAAAGCCAACAACCACAGAAACACCAGGCAGCACGGCAGGCAAGAGCACGGCUCCAGCAUCCUCCACGGGCUCUACGCCACCUCCCGUUGUAUUCACCACCACCGAAAGCACCACCCUUGUUCCAACAACUCCAGGAGUUACAACAAGAAAGCCAACCACCACCACCCACUCAACGCCGCUUUCCACCCUCCCUCUCACAACACCAGGCUCAGUCAGCACUGCUGCCGUCUCCACUGGAGUGGUCCCCACUGUGACAGCCACAACACUCCAGUCCACUCCUGUUUCCAAGCCUUCCUCAACAAUACCCACCACCGGGACCACUGCACAAACCCCUCCAGGCCUGCUGACCACAACAACCACCCUGGCUCCCCUUGUUACCACUACGCCAGGAAGCACCACUACCGGUUGCCAACCCAAAUGCCAGUGGACCUCUUGGUUCAGUUUUCACACUCCAAGCUCCGACCCUGGGGAUGGCGAUCGCGAGGACAUUAAGAGCAUCCAGGCAUCGGGCGGUACCAUCUGCGAGCACCCUCAAGAGGUGGAGUGCAGAGGAGUGGACUACCCAGAGCUCAGCGCAUCUGAACUUGGACAGAACAUGAUCUGCGAUAUCAACACUGGACUCCUUUGUGAGAAUGCCAAACAGACAGGGAAGUACAAGAUCUGUUACGACUAUGAGAUGAGAGCACUGUGUUGCGACUACAAGCACUGUGAAACCACGCCAGCGCCACUGGUCACAACAAGUGCCACCACCACAGAAGCCCCAGGUAGCACGGUGGGCAAGAGCACGGCUCCAGCAUCCUCCACGGGCUCUACGCCACCUCCUGUUGUCCAUACCACCACCGAAAGCACCACCCUUGUUUCCACAACACCAGGAGUAACCACAGGAAAGCCAACAACCACAGAAACACCAGGCAGCACGGCAGGCAAGAGCACGGCUCCAGCAUCCUCCACGGGCUCUACGCCACCUCCCGUUGUAUUCACCACCACCGAAAGCACCACCCUUGUUCCAACAACUCCAGGAGUUACAACAAGAAAGCCAACCACCACCACCCACUCAACGCCGCUUUCCACCCUCCCUCUCACAACACCAGGCUCAGUCAGCACUGCUGCCGUCUCCACUGGAGUGGUCCCCACUGUGACAGCCACAACACUCCAGUCCACUCCUGUUUCCAAGCCUUCCUCAACAAUACCCACCACUGGGACCACUGCACAAACCCCUCCAGGCCUGCUGACCACAACAACCACCCUGGCUCCCCUUGUUACCACUACGCCAGGAAGCACCACUACCGGUUGCCAACCCAAAUGCCAGUGGACCUCUUGGUUCAGUUUUCACACUCCAAGCUCCGACCCUGGGGAUGGCGAUCGCGAGGACAUUAAGAGCAUCCAGGCAUCGGGCGGUACCAUCUGCGAGCACCCUCAAGAGGUGGAGUGCAGAGGAGUGGACUACCCAGAGCUCAGCGCAUCUGAACUUGGACAGAACAUGAUCUGCGAUAUCAACACUGGACUCCUUUGUGAGAAUGCCAAACAGACAGGGAAGUACAAGAUCUGUUACGACUAUGAGAUGAGAGCACUGUGUUGCGACUACAAGCACUGUGAAACCACGCCAGCGCCACUGGUCACAACAAGUGCCACCACCACAGAAGCCCCAGGUAGCACGGUGGGCAAGAGCACGGCUCCAGCAUCCUCCACGGGCUCUACGCCACCUCCUGUUGUCCAUACCACCACCGAAAGCACCACCCUUGUUUCCACAACACCAGGAGUAACCACAGGAAAGCCAACAACCACAGAAACACCAGGCAGCACGGCAGGCAAGAGCACGGCUCCAGCAUCCUCCACGGGCUCUACGCCACCUCCCGUUGUAUUCACCACCACCGAAAGCACCACCCUUGUUCCAACAACUCCAGGAGUUACAACAAGAAAGCCAACCACCACCACCCACUCAACGCCGCUUUCCACCCUCCCUCUCACAACACCAGGCUCAGUCAGCACUGCUGCCGUCUCCACUGGAGUGGUCCCCACUGUGACAGCCACAACACUCCAGUCCACUCCUGUUUCCAAGCCUUCCUCAACAAUACCCACCACCGGGACCACUGCACAAACCCCUCCAGGCCUGCUGACCACAACAACCACCCUGGCUCCCCUUGUUACCACUACGCCAGGAAGCACCACUACCGGUUGCCAACCCAAAUGCCAGUGGACCUCUUGGUUCAGUUUUCACACUCCAAGCUCCGACCCUGGGGAUGGCGAUCGCGAGGACAUUAAGAGCAUCCAGGCAUCGGGCGGUACCAUCUGCGAGCACCCUCAAGAGGUGGAGUGCAGAGGAGUGGACUACCCAGAGCUCAGCGCAUCUGAACUUGGACAGAACAUGAUCUGCGAUAUCAACACUGGACUCCUUUGUGAGAAUGCCAAACAGACAGGGAAGUACAAGAUCUGUUACGACUAUGAGAUGAGAGCACUGUGUUGCGACUACAAGCACUGUGAAACCACGCCAGCGCCACUGGUCACAACAAGUGCCACCACCACAGAAGCCCCAGGUAGCACGGUGGGCAAGAGCACGGCUCCAGCAUCCUCCACGGGCUCUACGCCACCUCCUGUUGUCCAUACCACCACCGAAAGCACCACCCUUGUUUCCACAACACCAGGAGUAACCACAGGAAAGCCAACAACCACAGAAACACCAGGCAGCACGGCAGGCAAGAGCACGGCUCCAGCAUCCUCCACGGGCUCUACGCCACCUCCCGUUGUAUUCACCACCACCGAAAGCACCACCCUUGUUCCAACAACUCCAGGAGUUACAACAAGAAAGCCAACCACCACCACCCACUCAACGCCGCUUUCCACCCUCCCUCUCACAACACCAGGCUCAGUCAGCACUGCUGCCGUCUCCACUGGAGUGGUCCCCACUGUGACAGCCACAACACUCCAGUCCACUCCUGUUUCCAAGCCUUCCUCAACAAUACCCACCACCGGGACCACUGCACAAACCCCUCCAGGCCUGCUGACCACAACAACCAUCCUGGCUCCCUUGUUACCACUACGCCAGGAAGCACCACUACCGGUUGCCAACCCAAAUGCCAGUGGACCUCUUGGUUCAGUUUUCACACUCCAAGCUCCGACCCUGGGGAUGGCGAUCGCGAGGACAUUAAGAGCAUCCAGGCAUCGGGCGGUACCAUCUGCGAGCACCCUCAAGAGGUGGAGUGCAGAGGAGUGGACUACCCAGAGCUCAGCGCAUCUGAACUUGGACAGAACAUGAUCUGCGAUAUCAACACUGGACUCCUUUGUGAGAAUGCCAAACAGACAGGGAAGUACAAGAUCUGUUACGACUAUGAGAUGAGAGCACUGUGUUGCGACUACAAGCACUGUGAAACCACGCCAGCGCCACUGGUCACAACAAGUGCCACCACCACAGAAGCCCCAGGUAGCACGGUGGGCAAGAGCACGGCUCCAGCAUCCUCCACGGGCUCUACGCCACCUCCUGUUGUCCAUACCACCACCGAAAGCACCACCCUUGUUUCCACAACACCAGGAGUAACCACAGGAAAGCCAACAACCACAGAAACACCAGGCAGCACGGCAGGCAAGAGCACGGCUCCAGCAUCCUCCACGGGCUCUACGCCACCUCCCGUUGUAUUCACCACCACCGAAAGCACCACCCUUGUUCCAACAACUCCAGGAGUUACAACAAGAAAGCCAACCACCACCACCCACUCAACGCCGCUUUCCACCCUCCCUCUCACAACACCAGGCUCAGUCAGCACUGCUGCCGUCUCCACUGGAGUGGUCCCCACUGUGACAGCCACAACACUCCAGUCCACUCCUGUUUCCAAGCCUUCCUCAACAAUACCCACCACUGGGACCACUGCACAAACCCCUCCAGGCCUGCUGACCACAACAACCACCCUGGCUCCCCUUGUUACCACUACGCCAGGAAGCACCACUACCGGUUGCCAACCCAAAUGCCAGUGGACCUCUUGGUUCAGUUUUCACACUCCAAGCUCCGACCCUGGGGAUGGCGAUCGCGAGGACAUUAAGAGCAUCCAGGCAUCGGGCGGUACCAUCUGCGAGCACCCUCAAGAGGUGGAGUGCAGAGGAGUGGACUACCCAGAGCUCAGCGCAUCUGAACUUGGACAGAACAUGAUCUGCGAUAUCAACACUGGACUCCUUUGUGAGAAUGCCAAACAGACAGGGAAGUACAAGAUCUGUUACGACUAUGAGAUGAGAGCACUGUGUUGCGACUACAAGCACUGUGAAACCACGCCAGCGCCACUGGUCACAACAAGUGCCACCACCACAGAAGCCCCAGGUAGCACGGUGGGCAAGAGCACGGCUCCAGCAUCCUCCACGGGCUCUACGCCACCUCCUGUUGUCCAUACCACCACCGAAAGCACCACCCUUGUUUCCACAACACCAGGAGUAACCACAGGAAAGCCAACAACCACAGAAACACCAGGCAGCACGGCAGGCAAGAGCACGGCUCCAGCAUCCUCCACGGGCUCUACGCCACCUCCCGUUGUAUUCACCACCACCGAAAGCACCACCCUUGUUCCAACAACUCCAGGAGUUACAACAAGAAAGCCAACCACCACCACCCACUCAACGCCGCUUUCCACCCUCCCUCUCACAACACCAGGCUCAGUCAGCACUGCUGCCGUCUCCACUGGAGUGGUCCCCACUGUGACAGCCACAACACUCCAGUCCACUCCUGUUUCCAAGCCUUCCUCAACAAUACCCACCACCGGGACCACUGCACAAACCCCUCCAGGCCUGCUGACCACAACAACCACCCUGGCUCCCCUUGUUACCACUACGCCAGGAAGCACCACUACCGGUUGCCAACCCAAAUGCCAGUGGACCUCUUGGUUCAGUUUUCACACUCCAAGCUCCGACCCUGGGGAUGGCGAUCGCGAGGACAUUAAGAGCAUCCAGGCAUCGGGCGGUACCAUCUGCGAGCACCCUCAAGAGGUGGAGUGCAGAGGAGUGGACUACCCAGAGCUCAGCGCAUCUGAACUUGGACAGAACAUGAUCUGCGAUAUCAACACUGGACUCCUUUGUGAGAAUGCCAAACAGACAGGGAAGUACAAGAUCUGUUACGACUAUGAGAUGAGAGCACUGUGUUGCGACUACAAGCACUGUGAAACCACGCCAGCGCCACUGGUCACAACAAGUGCCACCACCACAGAAGCCCCAGGUAGCACGGUGGGCAAGAGCACGGCUCCAGCAUCCUCCACGGGCUCUACGCCACCUCCUGUUGUCCAUACCACCACCGAAAGCACCACCCUUGUUUCCACAACACCAGGAGUAACCACAGGAAAGCCAACAACCACAGAAACACCAGGCAGCACGGCAGGCAAGAGCACGGCUCCAGCAUCCUCCACGGGCUCUACGCCACCUCCCGUUGUAUUCACCACCACCGAAAGCACCACCCUUGUUCCAACAACUCCAGGAGUUACAACAAGAAAGCCAACCACCACCACCCACUCAACGCCGCUUCCACCCUCCCUCUCACAACACCAGGCUCAGUCAGCACUGCUGCCGUCUCCACUGGAGUGGUCCCCACUGUGACAGCCACAACACUCCAGUCCACUCCUGUUUCCAAGCCUUCCUCAACAAUACCCACCACCGGGACCACUGCACAAACCCCUCCAGGCCUGCUGACCACAACAACCACCCUGGCUCCCCUUGUUACCACUACGCCAGGAAGCACCACUACCGGUUGCCAACCCAAAUGCCAGUGGACCUCUUGGUUCAGUUUUCACACUCCAAGCUCCGACCCUGGGGAUGGCGAUCGCGAGGACAUUAAGAGCAUCCAGGCAUCGGGCGGUACCAUCUGCGAGCACCCUCAAAAGGUGGAGUGCAGAGGAGUGGACUACCCAGAGCUCAGCGCAUCUGAACUUGGACAGAACAUGAUCUGCGAUAUCAACACUGGACUCCUUUGUGAGAAUGCCAAACAGACAGGGAAGUACAAGAUCUGUUACGACUAUGAGAUGAGAGCACUGUGUUGCGACUACAAGCACUGUGAAACCACGCCAGCGCCACUGGUCACAACAAGUGCCACCACCACAGAAGCCCCAGGUAGCACGGUGGGCAAGAGCACGGCUCCAGCAUCCUCCACGGGCUCUACGCCACCUCCUGUUGUCCAUACCACCACCGAAAGCACCACCCUUGUUUCCACAACACCAGGAGUAACCACAGGAAAGCCAACAACCACAGAAACACCAGGCAGCACGGCAGGCAAGAGCACGGCUCCAGCAUCCUCCACGGGCUCUACGCCACCUCCCGUUGUAUUCACCACCACCGAAAGCACCACCCUUGUUCCAACAACUCCAGGAGUUACAACAAGAAAGCCAACCACCACCACCCACUCAACGCCGCUUUCCACCCUCCCUCUCACAACACCAGGCUCAGUCAGCACUGCUGCCGUCUCCACUGGAGUGGUCCCCACUGUGACAGCCACAACACUCCAGUCCACUCCUGUUUCCAAGCCUUCCUCAACAAUACCCACCACUGGGACCACUGCACAAACCCCUCCAGGCCUGCUGACCACAACAACCACCCUGGCUCCCCUUGUUACCACUACGCUAGAAAGUACCUCUACUGUGUGCCUCCCAAAGUGUAACUGGACCGCCUGGUAUGAUUUGCACCGUCCUACCAGCAGUCCAGAUGAUGGCGAUAUAGAGAAUUUUGAGACCAUCCGAAAAGCUGGAGGAAAUAUUUGCAAACAUCCACAAGACAUUGAAUGCAGAGCUGAGAAUCACCCUGAUGUCAGCCUGUAUCUGCUUGGUCAGGAAGUGCAAUGUAACCUCCAUGUUGGACUUUUGUGCGAAAAUUCAAAGCAAACAGACAAGAUGUGUUAUAACUUCCAGGUUAGAUACCAGUGCUGUGAAUACAAGCCCUGCCAUCCUAGCACAACACCACUGAGCACACCUGCUGCUUCUACCACAGAAACACCAGGCAGCACUGCUGGCAAGAGUACAGCUCCAGCAUCCUCCACAGGUUCUACGCCACCUCCCAUUGUAUUCACCACCACCGAAAGCACCACCCUUGUUUCUACAACACCAGGAGUAACCACAGGAAAGCCAACAACCACAGAAACACCAGGCAGCACUGCUGGCAAGAGUACAACUCCAUCAUCCUCCACAGCUUCUACACCACCUCCCAUUGUAGUCACUACCACCCAAGGCACCACCCUUGUUUCCACCACUGCUGGAAUUACAACAGGAAAGCCCAUGACCACCAUCCCUUUCUCAACCCCUGGCUCCGUCAGCACACCUUCCAUCACUUCUGGAGUGGCUUCCACCGUUUCAACCACAUCUCUUCCAUCUACCCAUGUUUCCAAACCUGUGUCGACGAUAUCCACUACUGGGAUUACUGUAGAAACAGCAACUGUCCCUACCAGAGUGCCAUUUUCCACUAAGCCUUUGGUCGUUGUUACAACAGGUAAUUACAGAAUGAAUCUGCAUAUCCUGGUAUGAAAAUCUUGUAAAUAUUUCAACAGUUAAAUUUAUUACAUGUUACUCAAUUACAGGUGUUAUGCCAAAUGUUAGCAAAUUGUUUCAUAUUAAUGGGGGCUUGGUGAUCUUAUUUCAUAUACCACCCUUUUCAAAAAUUGGUAUCCCAAUUAUGAAACCUAGUGUCUGUCAGCUAGCAACUUAUCAAAAAUGUUUGCCUAGAUCUCAGUGUGCAUUUUUCAAAGAAGUUUUCAAUGCUAUUACAAGUAGUAGAUAGCUCUCUGGCUAGAUAUUUGGAAUUUUAUUAACAGCACCUUUGGACUGGAGGGGUGUGUUUCUUGAUACUGGGAGGAAUAUAGCUGGAUUCCCCUGUUUCUUGAUAGUAUGGUAGGUGUAUAAUAAGAACAGCAAGUAAGCAAAGUAUUGAUCUGAUCCAUUAAACUGGUUUUUGUAGUACAAUUAUCAAGUUAAAUUCUCUAGCCCUAAAGAUACAUGUAAGUCCGGUUGAGCUCAGUUGGAAUUCUGAAUUGUUAUGCUUCAGUUGGUGCUUUGGAAGUGUACACUGAAGUCUUAAGUAUCUACAGUGUUUAGCAUCCAUUUCCAGCAGUAUGUCUUCAAGCAGUACGUAACAACUAUUAUACAUUUAUUUCUUUUCUAUUGUGUCUUCAGCAGCAACAAGUACUUCCAUACCUUCUACAACAGGAACUACAACAGUCACUUUGAGCAGAACAACUCCAUGUUUCUGCCGUGUGCCCGGAUUUAGUAAGGGCUUGUUUUCUCCUGGUGAGUUUCUCUUAAUGAAUUUGAAAAGCAGCUGAAACAAUGUUUUCAUUCACAUAUUGCUUUGAUUGUACAUAUGCUCAACAUACGUCCUUCUUUAUACCUACAUCAUGAUUGUGCACCACUCUCCACAGGGGAGUCUACUUUGGUGCUCUGCUGUAUAGUUUGAGGAGGAGUAGAAACCUUUUUACUUACUUUUUACAUUUACAUUUAAAUCAUUUUAUUAAUCCUGCUUUAUCUGGGUUUUUUGUUUGUUUUUUGCAAGUUUGGGGCUGAUAUUUUCAAUGCUUUAUUGAAUUUAUGUAUCUGUGUUUUACUCUACACUGCUUUACAUGUUUUAACAACCUAGGGAACAAAAGUAUUAGCUGAGAUGAAUUCUGUAAUUCUCUCAUGCCAUACAUUCUUUGAACAGUAUUGAACCACAGAGAUGUCAAUAGAUCCAUCUCUCACCUAUCCCCUAUCCCCUUUUACAACUGACUCAUAUUCAUGUACAUCUACUACUAUCUGCCAGCCAUUACUUUUAACUGGUGGCCAACAUGUCCUUUUACUCCCUAGGAUUGUGAGUCACAAGUUAUACUUGUAUAUGAUUUACUGGCUAAGGACCAACUGGGGAAAAGGCCUCGGCUGAACCUCUUGCUGAUCUCCCAUGGUGGUGUGGGGUUGGAGCUUGCCCACUACAAAUUACACAAUCCAAUGCAUGCUUUCUCAGACUUGCUGCUGAGAGUUGCACUGCAUGUCAGUAGACAAAUUCAUCUGAACUUUAUUUGCAUUUUAGAACGUUAUGACAUGUUUUGUUUUAUAAUUUUCGUACAUGGUGCUUUAUGAUAAUUUCCCUCCUUUUUUAAAAUAGGGGACGUAAUAUACAAUAGAACUGACAGUUCCGGAUGCAGUUUUUAUGCAGUUUGCAACAGAAGCUGUGAAAUUGAGGUGUUCCAGGGACCAUGUCCUUCAACAACUCCUUCCCACCCAUCAACACCAUCAGUUACAACUGCAGGAACCCAGCCUUCUCCGUCACCCACUACUGUUGUUCCAUCAACCAGAGUAUACACUACUGCAGCUGUAUCAACCCCCACAACUCCUGUAACAGGUUGCCCUGAUAUUGAUCCACCAAGAAAGGUAAUUAGCAUUGUUUUCAUACAUACAUUGGGGAUAGCUUUUGCUAGCUGAUGAGAGGCUGUAGCCCUAAACAUCAAAAGGGCUUCAUGUUGGGGAAAGCUGUUGGCUACCAAAUGCCUCUCUCACUCCAUUUUCACCCCUCUUAAAAACCAUCAAAUGAAUCCUCUCUUGGUGAACGAGGUGUCUAUGCUGAAAAGAAAAUCCUGACUACCCCAGGGACUUUUGCCCACAAUUCAUGCUGUAUGAGCACCACUGUUUUGGGAGGUAUGAGGAGCUGUCAUGUCAACAUGCACUUCGUCACAAUCAACUCUCUUGUUAUAGAUCUUAUUUGUGCUAUUGAUCUCACUGAAAAUGGAUGGGGAUCUUGAUGUUCCUAGAUUCAAAGUCUCAUUAUCCCUGAUCACUGGUGGUUGGAACUGGUGGGAACUGGAAUCCAACAACUUUGGGUAGGCUACAGGUUGCCUACCCCUGCCACAGAGUCAUAUAUGGAGAAAUCUCAAGUCCAUUCCAAAUGUUCUUGUUUGCCUCACUUUUCUAAAACAUAGCAAGCUGGCUUAUACCAAGGCAGACUAUGGGUCUAUCUAUCUCACUCUUGUCCUUGUUGACUGCUAAUGACUCCUCAGGGUUUCAUAUAGGAGUCUUCCCUGGGGCUAUCUGGAGUUGCUAAGGAUUAAACAUGGGACCUUUUGCAUGCACACCAUGUGCUCUACCAUUGAGAAACAGCCUCUCCCCCUAACACCCCAUUUUGCCUCCAGAUGGGUUUUCCUCUUCCAGUAGGACAAGAACCCUUGGUAGUGGAGAUGGUGUCUUUCUAAGAGUAUGACACUUGUAGAAUAUUUUUUCUCUGGUUUCCCUCUAGACCAAUGAAACUUGGAUGUUUAACAACUGCACUGUGGCAACUUGUGAAGGAAACAACAAAAUAGUUCUGAAGCCGCAACCACCUGUAGAGAAGACAGUAUGUGUGAGUGGACUCCCACCGAUAAAAAUAGUAGAUAAGGAUGGCUGUGUUGAACGCUAUGAAUGUGAAUGUAAGUAUAACUGAGCAUUCAGAAAAAGUACAUAUAUCUUUAUGAUAUGGAAUGAGAGAUUAAGAUAUUUAACUUACAGGACUGUAUCAUACAAAGCUCAGGGGGUGUAAUGUCAUGCAGUUGCAAUUCCAUUUAUUGAGGGAGGUGAGACUUUUGAGGGUCUUUCAGGGAAGGCUAUGGAUUUGCAGAAGCCUAAACCUCUUGUUUCUCUAGCAUACUCCUAAAAAAGUCAAUGGGUGGCUUUUCAUAUUUCAAUGGAAAGGAGUAAGGGAGAAAAUGCUGUGGUUCAACCAAUACCUGCCCUGGCUGUCACUAGUCAUCAGGACUCUGGCUAUGGCAGUUGUUUCACCACAAAAUCUGCACCAUCAACAUUGCUCUCCUAGAAUUCUCUUAUUAUUCCCACUUUCUAAUUGGUGUACCAAAGUAGGACCUAGCCCAUCAAAGUUAAUACAAGCAACAGCAUAAUAACCAAUGAUUUCACAGUGUAUAUUUACUUUGGUUACUCUGGUUUGCUCAAGACUACACUCCAGGUGAACCUUAUUUGAUCUUUUGAUUUCUGUUACAGGUAUUUGCACUGGUUGGGAUGCUAACUAUCUGACAUUUGAUGGCACUUAUUACACUUUCUAUGACAACUGCACUUACAUCUUGGUGAAAGAGAUUGUGAAUAUACAUGGAAACCUCAGUGUUUUGCUUGACAAUUAUUUCUGUGAUGUCACUAACAAUCAGCCCUGUUCCAGAGCCAUCAUUGUAAAUUACAACUCAAUGGAAGUUGUGCUAAGCAGCGAAGUGCAUGAAGGAGUGAGAAUUAACAAGGUACUGUGUGCCACAGAUUUCUCAAACUGUGUCAGCUUCCUACAAUAAUUAUUUUUUACCAAAACAAAAAUGUCAAAAUGACAUUUAUAAACCAGCUAAUGGGUUGUAAAAUUUACAUAACAAUCAUGGCAAAGUGCCUGUUUGAGGAAUGCUACUUAAUCCCAUGAUGUAGAUUAUGUUUAGGAUUGAGAUGCUAUUCCUCAAACUGUGCAUCUCUAUAAUGACUACUCAGAAGAAAGCCCCCACUGAGUUUAAUGCACUUUACUUCCAGUUAAUGGUUAUAGAAUCAAUGACAUACGCGCACACACACAUAUAUAUAUAUAUACAUGUGUGUGUGUGUAUGUUUUCAGUUAAAAACUAUGGCUUACUGUUUUAAAUUAAAUACAACAACACAGUAAAAUAAUCAUUGCAGUAUUAAAAGUAGUAUAAAAACAGGCAGCUAGGAAAUAUCAGCAUGGCCAGGACUGAUUGCCCUCAAGUGCUCUGGAAGACUCUGAAUCCUCCAGAUUUAUAUUCUUUUGCCUCUUUUGUGCUGCUGUUUCAGAUUUUUUUCAACCAUGAGCCGGUCAAUGGAGAUUUCACCAAAUAUGGUAUUUCUGUCACCAGUACUGGAACUGUCAUGAGCGUCGAAAUCCCUGCACUCCAAGCUUUUAUAUCUUUCAACGGGCUCACUUUCUCAGUAAAACUCCCCUUUGACCUAUUUCAGCAUAACACAGAGGGGCAAUGUGGUAAGUAAAGGGAUCAAAACAUCCCCAACCAUUCAAAUCCUUGUUCACAAUGUUAUUCCUUCAAAACAAAUUUCUUUACAUAGGCUGAUGUGGAGCAUUAGAAAAGCAAUAAAGAAAAAUUAACCAUUGGGGGGAGGGGCCACAGCUCCAUGGCCGAACACAUGUGUGUGGUGUUAGACCAUCCCAGGUCCAGUUCCUGGUAUCUACAUCUGAAAGUUCUUGGGAUGAAGAAAGAACUGCUGCCCAUCAGAGUAGACCUAAUUGGGCUUGGUGGACCUAUGGUUUGACCAGGCUUCCUCAACCUCGGCCCUCCAGAUGUUUUUGGCCUACAACUCCCAUGAUCCCUAGCUAGCAGGACCAGUGGUCAGGGGUGAUGGGAAUUGCAGUCUCAAAACAUCUGGAGAGCUGAGGUUGAGGAAGCCUGGGUUUGACUAAUAUAUCCAUACUGAAGAGUAGGAAACAGAAUAUGCAUAUAAGGUACACUUUAUGAUAGCAACAAUGGCUUUUUCUUUUCUUUUUCUUUUUUUAAAUAAUUUUUAUUAAAGUUUUAAACAACAAAGAAAAAAAGAAAAGCAUACACAAUACAUAUGACAAAAACACACACCAAAAACAAAACAAAAUUCAACAAUAAAGAAACAAGAAACAAACAGUUAAAAACAAUAUCUCUUUUCCAUAUCCGUUUUUUAGUUACUUAUUUUCUGGACUUCCUCAUACCUCCCUCUUUUGUAUUCCAAUCCAAAUUAUUUGUCCAGCAAUUUCUUUUCCAUUUUUUUAAUCCCAAUCUUUAGCUUUAAUAAGAUAUUAAAAUAUAUAACUUCAACUUCUUUAAACCUGAUCUUUAGUCUUAGUAUCAUAUAACGUUAAAAUUUUCCCUCUUAAUAUCAAAUUUCCAUUUCUUUAAACAUCUUUAAUCCUAAUCUUUAAUCUUAGUCUAUCAUUAGCUUUAACCUGUACAGCUGGAAACCGCUUAUUUUCAGUCCAACAUCACUCUAACAUUCCUUAAUUUUGCAAUAUUUCUGAAGAUAGUCUUUAAAUUUCUUCCAAUCUUCUUCCAUCGACUCUUCUCCCUGGUCACGGAUUCUACCAGUCAUUUCCGCCAAUUCCAUAUAGUCCAUAUGUUUCAUCUGCCAUUCCUCCAGCGUGGGAAGUUCUUGUGUCUUCCAAUACUUUGCGAUGAGUAUUCUUGCUGCUGUUGUUGCAUACAUAAAGAAAGUUCUAUCCUUUUUUAACACCAUUUGGCCGACUAUGCCCAGGAGGAAGGCCUCUGGUUUCUUAGGGAAGCAACAAUGGCUUUUUCAAUUAGGAAGUCCGCUUCGUUAUUUCAAUGUCAUUCAGAGUGACACUAAUGUAUACUGCAUAUUCAGCACACUUACGAUGCGACCCUUUCUCCCUCGUAGGGGUAUGUUCAAAUGACAAGACAGAUGACUGCCGCCUCCCCAACGGCCAUGAAGCUUCCUCUUGCUCAGAAAUGGCCAGCUACUGGAAGACCUACGAUAAAAACAAGCCCCAUUGCUAUGGAGUGCCAACAACAUCACCUCCGACAACAACACCGCAUGAGCCAAGAACGACAACACCAGCACCAACACCCUGCACCACUCCAUCUCCUCUGUGUGAGCUGAUUGUGAGCGAGUAAGUUCAACACAGCCUUUACAAAUGCUUCAGCUGUUAGAUCCUGCAGAGCAAGCUAUCGCUUUGACAACUUUAUUUUUUUAAAAAACCCACUUCUGAUGAACACAUAGGAACAUAAAAUCAUCACCAAGACAUUGUGCACAUGACCUCAUCUGUCCAGCUUGUGGGCAGGACAUAAGCCACUGGUUGACCACAGGACUAGAAAGAUAAAGCUUUGGUCUGCUCCAGCAGAGCUUUUCACCUUAUAUUCUUAUGUUUUUAUCUACUGCUAGGACAUCAGGAAUGUUUUCUAGGGAUAGAUAACACCCUUUUCCUUUAUUGUUCUUAUAUUUCACAUAUGAUAAUAAUAAUAAUAAUAAUAAUAAUAAUAAUAAUAAUAAUAAAUUUUAUUUGUACCCCGCCCUCCCCAGCCGGAGCCAGGCUCAGGGUGGCUAACAUCAUAAAACUAACACAGUAUACAAAGAACAUAAGAUCCAUCCAACAAUAAGCAUGGCAUUGUUUUAGUAUAUUCAAGGCAUCUCGGCUACCUUAUAUACCAUAAAGAGCUGUAACAUUGCAACACUGUAGGAUUUUUACUUCCAUAGUAAUACAAAGCUGAUCUUUCUAGAAUUGAUAUCAUUGUGAAAUGUACUGUACAUAUUUGCUAAGAAUAUUAUCCUUUCAGUCGCAGUUUCAUACUGAAAAUGGGGUGGCAAGGGGACAUUGCAAUAUUUAUGAGCCAUAGUUCAACCAUGUAUUCUUUUGUAUUUGAAGUGUCUUUGAAGAAUGCCAUAAGGUUCUGCCUCCCAGAAUAUACUAUGAAGACUGCCUCCUUGAAGCCUGUCAGUCUUCCAAUGAUUCUGUGCCUUGCUACAAUUUGGAGAUAUAUGCUUCCCUCUGCAUAGCUAAAGGGGUUUGUACUGACUGGAGGAACAUGACGCUAGGAAAAUGCCGUAAGUGGAAGACAACGUAUUUUCGCUUAUCCUAAAGUGAGCAGCAAUUUAUCGUAGAGCAAUAAUAGCUGAGUGAACCAAUCAAUCAACCAUUCAAAACGGUGUCAGCAGAUGAAUAGUAAUCAAUGCAAACUGAACAAUAGCAUGUUCUAACUUCAGUUGCAUGUUUGUUUCCCUCAGUCUUUGUCUUUUUUUCACAAGAAUUAAGAUUUCAGCUUCUGCACUUCAUAGUGGAUUGAAUCCAGAAGGGAAGGGAAGUUGACUUUUGCUAAUUGCUCCAUCUCCCUGAAGCCCAUUGCAACCUCUGAAACUGCUCCAGAGGGUUGGAGGAUCCUCCAGAUCAACAUGGGAGGUGGCACUGCAAGAGGAUGGGGGAAAUUGGCAAACGUUGCCUCCCUCUCUUUCCACCAACAGGUUUUCUCCACUGGAUUAGAAUCCAUCUGUGGAUGUCUGUAUUGAAUCCAUGUUCUCAGCUAUGGAUAUUUCCAUUUGUCGGUCAGGAUUGAGCAUGCACUGGGGCUUACAACAGUCCUCUGGGUGUGGGUGUGCCUUGCCUUGGCAAACGCCACUCCUUCAUUCAAUCUGAUGCCAACCAUAGAUGCUUUAUGUGAUUUUUUAAAAAGCUAAUGGGAAAAACAUAAUAUGACAACAUGUAAUACAUAGUUCUGCCUCAUGUUGGAGUCAUUCUGCUUUUUAAUGACACAUUUUAUUCUCUUAUAUACAGCAUACCACUGCCCCAAAGACAAGGUGUACAAUGCAUGUGGCCCCAUUCACCCUGUCACCUGUGAUGAUGGGUAUGUAUUAACUAAAUAAUUAGCUCUCUGAAUGCUAAUGGCUGCACUUUUGUAUCUUUGAAUAAGAGACAAAUAUGAAAUAUGUAUAUGACUUGCUAGAAAAUGGUGAAUGUAUAAAGGUCAUAUCAAGAUCUUUAUAUGAAGAUCUUUAAUUAGUUAGUAUCGUCCCAAGUAUGGCAGCAGUGGAUAGUUGAUGUGUUAAUUAUUAGGGGAAUGUUGCAUUAAUUAAUAGGAUUUGUUUUAAAAAAUGCAUUCUUAUCUAUUUAUAUGGUCAUUAAUUCCAUGUCAAUUCCUCCCCAAAUAAUUAUGAUUGCCAGCUUCAGGUUUUUAACCCUGGUUAAACUGCAUUCUUUGCUGGUAGAUACUUUAAACCUGCCAGAGCCUGAGCAGUUCCCACCACAGAAGUCCCUGCCUUGGUCUUUCAACUCUACUCAUUUUACAAGGAUGUUUUCAAGAUCCAGUCAGUCCUCCAGGGCACCAUAAACCUUUUCAGGUUCUCCAGGCCAUAUCCCUAUGGCUAAUCCAGGGCAUGAUAAUUCUAAUGUUUGGUGCUAAACACGUCUACCCUGGAAUCACAUACUUGCUUGUACUCUGCACAAAUUAAUGAGGCAAGAGUACAAAUACUGUAUAGGCCACAUAAAUGGAUUAGCAUGCUUACCUGAUACCAUAAAUCAUGGUAAUGUUGAAUAGUUAUUCUAGCUUUAACUCUCUCUAUUCAGCUUGGUUACCUUAAGUCAAGGGUGUUAAAAGGUGGGGUCCGUCCCAAAUUAAGUAAAGCAGAGCAGGUGAAAAGAGUUUAAAGCAAGGAUAACUGUUCCGUAUAACCUUGUUCUUAGCUCAAAAAAGGGAUUCGGUUUCAACCCUGAUCCCAUGCAUAGUGCAAUUGGAUAGCAUUGUACAGUGGUACCUCGGGUUAAGUACUUAAUUCGUUCCGGAGGUCCGUUCUUAACCUGAAACCGUUCUUAACCUGAAGCACCACUUUAGCUAAUGGGGCCUCCUGCUGCUGCCGCGCUGCCGGAGCACGAUUUCUGUUCUUAUCCUUAACCCGAGUUACUAUUUCUGGGUUAGCGGAGUCUGUAACCUGAAGCGUAUGUAACCCGAAGUACCACUGUAAAUAGAUUAAGAAAGAUCCUUUCAAAGAUUUCUUCCUUCUAGUGUAGUGUUUGCAGCUUGAGCACAGUGGCCUGGCAGACUAGCUUUCACUGGUUUAAAUUGGGGGUGGAGAAGUGACAGCCCAUAGGCCAGAUUCAGCCUACAGCACUUUUGACCUGAGUGGUUCAGUGUGCGCUGUUAAUCUGCAACCAUACGCACACUUACUUGAGAGUAAGUGCCAUUGACCUGAAAAACUUAUUUCUGAGUAGACAUGCAAAUUAUUGUGCUGACCGGAUUCCCAACACACAAUUCUUACUCUUAACAUAAACUGUUGCAAUUAACCUGUUGUCUCUUAUUAUGCCAUCUAUAGUGAAUGGCUCCAGUAUUUAUUUACUUCUUAGGAAAGCGCCAAUUUUCUUUUGCAUUUAAAUACUGUAAUCCCUUAGAAAAAUAGUGUUUUUACGAAGGUGAGCAUUGAAGCUAUUAAACUGUUUGAUUACAGAACUGGAAAAAAUAUUAUCUGCUCUUCUUUUCCUUGCAGACCAACCAAAGAUACAAGUGAGCAUGUUGCUGAAGGAUGCUUCUGCCCAGAGGACAAAAUCCUCUUCAAUACAUACACAGAUAUCUGUGUCAAAACAUGUGGUAAGUUUCUCUAUUCCUGAUUGGCUAAUUAUGUCAAUUUAAACCAAAAGCAGAUGCAUAAUUAAAGGUAUUGGAGUUCAUCAGCAAAUGAUUGGCCCUUUACGGGCCAAAUUACCAGGAAGGUCAACUCAAUUCUAUGUUAAACAUUUGCUGGGAGAUAAAAUCCCACAAGUUUUAAAGACAGCAGUCAAAUUUCUGUUGGUGGCUGUGACAAUAAGAAGUCAGUUAACCACCCAAAGCUGGAAGGAUUAUUUCCAGGGGCUUACCUGAAGCUAUUUGCUAUUUUGUCUAUUUGCUAGUUUCUAUUUUCUAAGCUGCUGUUACUAUGCUAUGCUUGUCCUGUAUGUUUUAUUUCUGGUCUGUUGCCCCUAAUAAACAGCUUAUGAAGCUCAUUAGAGGUGGUAUGUGGAAGGGCAACCCUCUACUUAUCUGCUCAGAGGUGUGUGCAUGUGUAUAAUUAGGGCCUAAAUAACACAAGGGUAACUUUAGCUUUUUCUAACAUUUGCAUGUCUUUCUGUAAUUUCAAAUUAUGUCUGUAAACUCAAAAUGAGCAGCUGACCUGCAGGGGGCAUGCCACAAGUGGUGAAGAAUAGCAGGAUGCUAUGGCAUCCUCAGCAUCCAUUUCCUUCUGUGGUUACACAUAAAUGCUCCGUUCCAUGUGAUGAAAUUAAGUUUUACUACUAUGUGGUUAAUACAGUAUUGUUAUGCCUGUAUUUUUAUUAUACUGCAUGGAGGUAUGUUUUUAAAGAACAACCCAGGAAGAAUCCUGUAAAAAUUCAGCAUGUGGUGAAAUUCUCUGUAUAAACUGGUUACUUAGCUGGAAAAAGCUGCAUAAUAAUGGCUACAGGAAACUUGUGUUAAAGUUAAGGCAGUUUACAUGUUUAUGGAAUAUAAGGGAUCUGUAUGAAUUCUUAUGCCUUUAUUUAUUUCCAGGCUGCGUGGGACCAGACGGAUUGCCCAAACCAGUGAGUAUUUCACUUGGAAAGAUUAUGCCUAGACCGUUGCCUAUACACAGGCAACAUAGAGAAUCAUCCAGAACUGACAAGGGACUAAUAAUUGGACCCACUAUGACUGCAAUACCCUGCACCCGUGCACAUACAUUCACAAGGCGGCAAACUGUUAUUAUUAGUGCUAAACUUCUGCUUUACCAGACAAGGGCAUCAUUUUAUAUUGUAGUAGGAGUCGGAGAUCAUUUCAGAUUUUAGGAGGGAGGGUAAAGUCAUGUGGGGAGGGAGAGAAUUCACAAUAUUUUAUUUAAUUUAGUUUCUUGUUAUUGUUAUACACCGUGUGUGUGUGUGUGUGUGUGUGUGUGUGUGUGUGUGUUGGAGAAUAACCAAAAGAAAGCAAUAGAAGUCAUUGAAACUUUUCUUUGUAGCAAAAAGAUUUGUAGUUUUGGUAUGCAUAACUGGCAUGUACCAGUAGAUCCAGAUAAUUAUUAUCAACAUGCAGAAAUAGUGAGCUGGUCAGAAACAUAGAAGUGCUUCUGAAGGAGAAGCAGACAUAGUCUGAAAUACCAGCCUCUCCUGGGCUCUAUAGCUGUCAGAUGGAUUCUCCAGCACACUUUCCAGCCCCCUUUGGAUUGAGAGGUACACCAGUUGUCCCCUGAAGCCUUUGAAACAUCAGAUUAGACACACUAAUAUUAAUGGGCCAAACUUAGUCAUGUCCAUCAAUUUCAAUGGGUCCAUUCUGAGUAGGACUAACAUCUAAUGCAACACUUUGUGAUCUCAAAGAAAGACUUUGCAUGGAAGUGAUGGAAAUUAAAAUAGCAGCUGGUAGAGGUUGUGGUCUCCAUCGUAAGUACUUUGCUUGGGUUUCAGAAGAAGACCAACAAGACUUUCAGAGGACUCAGAAGGCCAUGCCUAAGGCACAUAUAGAACCAAUGCUAUAUAUGUGCAUCUCCCUGAAACAGCCUAGAAGGAAAUUUAACCUGGUUCAGCAUAACUUUCUGUAUCUUACAAUUUAAGGAAGUCUUUUUAUAGCCAUUUGUGGGGUGGUGGAAACAAUCCUUAAGAAGCACCUUCAAGUUGUAUUGUAUGGCUCUGGUCCAAAGCUUAUUGCACAGUUACCUAAGUUUGAUAUUACAGGAAACUUAAGAUCAACUAGUUGCCCCUUCUAAAGAAAGCUUAAGGUCUAAUAAUUGACAAGUAAGCAAAUGAUGAUAGGUUUCAUUGCUGCCAUACAGUGUUAACUGGUUUGCUUUCUUUUUCAUAUAGCCUGGCUCCUCAUGGAAGAGCAACUGUCAAGAGUGUAUUUGUGACCCAUUGACUGAGAGCGUCCAGUGCAAGCCACAGACCUGUGUGUCAUCGGAACCACCCAAAUGUGAGAAAGAAGGGUUUGUGCCUGUCCCUGUGCUGACACCAAAAGACCCGUGCUGUCCAGAACUUCAAUGCAGUACGUAUUUGCAUGUAUUAUUUAUUGAUAGCCAAUGCCAAUCAAUCCAAUUCUGCCCUCUGUUGAUGAAACAAUUUGUGCUAUUAUUGUUACUGUUGCUUUGGUUGAGGGGGAAACACAGACAUCCAGACAGCAUUACAUGUUGGCAGGUAAUAUCAGUUGCACAAUUCUAUCCCAACUUAAUUAUCUCUAUAGUAAUUAACCACACAGAGCAAUCUGUAAAAAAUACAAAAAACAACAACAAUUUUCUCUUGUCAUAUGGGGACUGACAGGCAGAUAAAGAGUUAAAUCUCUGGGUUUGGAUGCUUUGCUUUGCUCACCAUAUAGUCAAAAGAGCUUUACUACAAUUAACCUGCAAUCCUACAUACAUUAACUUGGCAGUAUGUCCUUCAACCUUAGUAGGAAUUUUUGACAGAAAUCUGCUUAGGACUGGAGGACUUGCCAGAAACAGAAGAUUUGCUAGUCUCCUUUCCCUCCUUUACAAUAUGAUCUGAAGGCAAGCUAAGUCAAUUCUGAAAUGUAUUUAUUUAUUUAAUGCAUUUUUAGUCCACCUGUUAGCAAGAAAAAGGCUUGCAGCAAAACGUACAAUGAUCAGUAAUAAGACAGUCCCUGCCCUAGGUCUUGACAUAUAACAGACCUGGCAUGAGAGGGAAAGGAAGCGGUGGGCGGGGGGGGGGGGGGAGAGGCAUACUCAUACCUUGGAUCUUACUGUUCUUUUUAGCCUGGAGGGGUGAAACAAGCUUAUUGUGGAUGGUGGAUGGGUGGGGAUUGGCUAGGUCUCCCACUUGCCACGAUGGCCAGCUUGGGAGGCAAGGGGAGUAAACUGCUAGCAGCUUUUAAUGCCCUGGAGUAUGCUGUCCUUCAGCUCUACAAUACUAGCGUGUGACGUGUUGGGCGGUGAGUGGGUAUGUAUGUGUCAAACCUCCUUCAGCUGUUUUUUCUCUGGCUGAUGGAGGGAGCCAUGCUGGUCUUCCUCGUGCAUACCUACCCCACCCCAGUACACUCUCACCCACCAGUCAUGAUACUGAAUAGGAUUAUUGUCCUUGCACCACAGGAAUAUUUGCUGGUCUAAACAUUUAAGGCUGGGGUGCUAGACUUGCUUCUUCAGCUCUGUUAUGUUUUCUGAUUAUUCCACAGAAUGCAAUACUACUACCUGCUCCAACGAAAAGAAACCUUGUGAACUUGGAUACGAGGCAACCCCAGUCCUGCUUGACGGAGACUGCUGUGUCAGCUUUCCCUGUAGUAAGUGCUAGCAUUCUGACAUGUAGAGAGAGAAAGUAGAUGAGAGAGAUUAAAACAUCAAGUUAGGCUGAACCCAGACAUAAUUUACAUACAGUGGAAGCAUUCCACACUCCCCUCCUUAAAACAAACAAACAAAAAUGUUGCCAUUAAAAUAUUUUAGAAACUGAAGACACAUUCUGGAGUGCAGCGUCAAACAGUAUGAACUACACUUCAAAGCCACCUUGGACUAGUGUCAGACUGAAAGCUGGAGAAACUCAUCUUCAAAAUUCCACUAGGCCGCAAAGCUCAUUGAGUAACUUCGGGCCAGUCACUGUGUACACAAAAUACCUUUAAAGCACAUUAUUUCCUCCAAAAGAAUUCUGGCCACUGUAGUUUACCCCUCGCAGUUAAAAUUUCUGGCAACCUUUAACAAACCACAGUGCCUAACAUUCCCUGAGGGAAAGAACAUGUUUCAAAUGUGCUUUACAGUUUUAUCUCUCACCUGAAUCCAUUUCACAGGAUUGUUGUGAUGGUAAAAGUGUGUGUGUGUGUGUGUGUGUGUGUGUGUGUGUGUGUGUGGUGGGAGGGACUAUAUACAUUGCCUUAAGCAAUAAAUAAAUACACACGCAAAGUGUUCAUGUAUCUCCUUUCACUUUUGCACAGAAAGGAUUAUAUCCAACAGUCAAGCGAGCAAUGACGUAUCACCUUACUCUCUUCUCCCCGCCCCUCCCCCAAUCUUUUUCAAAGAGUUUCCCUGUCAGAUAAGUUACCAUAUUUAAAGCUGGAGUCAGCAAAAGGUGGAUGUAGAUCUCUGGUUGAUCUGCACUAGAUCAGCAAGGAUAUCUGCCUCCCAGCUGUGAAACAAUAGCAACAUCAAAUUGAUCCCCCACCCACUUAAUUUAGGCAGGUGAAAUGAAGAAAGCCUAGGGGGAUGAGGAUCCAGGAAUGGACCUUAUAAACAUAAUUUCCCCACCACAUUUUAAAGUAAUUGUCUGUUUCUGUUUUCAGUACCAAUCCCAGAUGUCUGUCUUGUCAAUGGAACACUUUACAGGGUAAGAAUGCGAGUUUUAUGUCUACAUAUACUAUGUACACAGAUUAAAAUCCUUCUUUUCUAUUGUUCCCUUUUCAGUCGUAGGCAGAGACUGUAGCAACAGCAGUAGCAGCAGCCGGACUUUGAAAUUAAUUUCAAGGGGUACCUGUUAAGUCAAAGCAAUGCUGUUUGAGCAUGCUUUUUUUUAUAUACUGAUUUUCAGACAUAUUUAUUAUACCUUUCAACUGUGCAGGUUCUCAAGAGUAGCUAAAAACAACCAAAAAGGAACGUGAAAUGGCAGAACCGCCAAACAAUAAGAACAGAUGUUAAAACCACAUAAUAUAAAACACCAUAAGGUUCUGAGGAGAUAAAAGGUUAUUUUGGCUUUGUACCAAAAAGACAUUGAAGUCAGUGCUAGGUGAGCUUUCCUGAGGAGGGUGUUCCAGAGGAGGGAAAUGGCAAUGGCACCCACCUGAGAGGUGCUAGAACAGAGUUCCGGCAAGUUCCGGCUGAAAAAAAUCCUUGCCUGUCACCCUCGCUGGCCAUUGGGAAUGCUGACUGGGGCUGGUGGUAGUUGGAGCCCAAUACCUAGAGGGCCACGGCUUGCACCUCCCUGCCUAAACCAUGCAAUGAUUUGCAUGUGCAAAUCUUCACUGACUGCUGUGCUGUUGAGUUGGCUGCAUCAUCCCAAAAGCAGGCAUUUUUCCAGUCACGCUGCUGCUUACAAAGUACGCAGCGCUCAGGGAGACUGAUGUAUCCAGUAGGCCUCCAUCACCAGCAUAAUGUAUAUAUGCCAGUGAGAUGAACAAUAACCGGUUUUAUUUGGGGGUUUUGCCGUUUUUGGCCUGUGGCAUCUUGGAACCGUUCUCCAGAGAGCAGGCCUCAAAACGGGCUCAGUUCCAAUUUUCCCCUCAAGAAAUCCUUUCAACUUUUGGCCACUAGGGGGCCAAACAAAUCAAUUUACUGUACUGUUUUAUUGGCUUCUGACCGUUUAAAAUGUUCCUUUGUACGCCGCUUUGAGCACUUUAGUAGGUUGGGGAAGGUGCAAUAUAAAAUGUAAACUUCAAAGUUAAGAAUUUGAACUUGAGGCCAUAUUAGAAUACUACAGAGGGUGGGGGAGGGGGGGACUUCCCAAGCAAGCAUUUUUUGAGUAAAAGUGCAAAUCAUACUAAAUUAUUUAAACCACCUACACUUAAGUGUCCAGACAGGGAAGUUUUUAAAUGGCCAUUUCAAAUGGACACCCGCUUCAUUAACUAUGGAAAAUGUUUGACAAUGGGCAGAUACUUCUGCCAGAUGAAAAGCAAUUCAUUGAGGCAACUCAAGCCACUGUUUUCUGCCUUCUAAUAAUGGGUAGUUUGGGGAUGCAUUUAGACAGGAGCUUAGUAUUAGAAACAGGUUGUUGAAAUAUUGCAAAUGGGUCAUUGACAACAUUUUUUUAACCUAGCAGAGUUUCUGUGGAAAAAGUAAAUCUGAAUUAAAGAUGGGGGGAAUAUGGGUUGAUAUGUUGAUGACAAUGUCAUGUGGAUCCUGGGUACGGCUGCACAAUAUAUAAAAAUAUCAUCCAAAACUGGCUUGAAAUCCAUACUGUGAUAUUGUUUCAUAAUUUUUGACCUCACAAUAUAUCAUGAAUCAUGAUAUGAGUGUGCUGCUUCACAAUCAUAUUUUUCUUGGGUUGCAUUGGGACUAUAUCAACAUUUCCCACAGUAAACAUCUCACGUGUGAAAGUCAGAACCACAUUACAAAAUACUCAAGGAUGCAUGCCAAGGAAUGGCCACUUUAGGUUGGCAGGUUUAGGUUAGGUUUGCCAAAUAUCUAGAAAAACACCUGACCUGCUCUGGUGCAGCAGCUUGACUUUCAAAAAUUAACAGCAGCUUGACUUUAGAAAAUUAACAGCAGCUUGACUUUAGAAAAUUAACAGCUGGAACUUUUCACAGCAUGGAAAUGAACAUUAUACCUUCCUAUCUCUCUAGAUCACAUGGCUGUUAAACACAGCAGCUGAGGUUGGUUAAGAAGCUGGCAACCCUAUUAGACAUAUAUUUCUUCUUACACUUUACAUGUUUACCUAGGAAAAUGCAAAUAUAAUAUUGGUGUAACCAUGGCAAACACAGUUGCAAUAUAAAACAGGAAUUAAUAUUUAGUUUAAAAAUCAAGGAUGUUUCCACAGAAGUAUCUUGGAUUCUUAGAAACGUGGCUUCAAAUAUUUGCUCGUUUCUGAACCCACUUGGUGGCCUUGGAUAAGUUGCUUUCAUUCAUCGUUUUUCUGUUCCCUGAUUGCUUAUUUAGAAUAUUAAUGGAAUUCUUAUAAAGUGAAAUAAAAGAGUUGAAAACAUUUUGUAUGUUAGAAAUCUUUAAAAAGAAUUUGAUAUUUGGUUCACAAAGUUGCUUUAUACACUCUGUUUAUAAAUACAACUGCUUUUUUUUGACUUUUCCCAGGCUGAAAUGCCUGUUCCUAGCAAGCCUUGUGAAACAUGUGUCUGCAGCUCUGAAAAGGACCCAGACUCCAAUACAAAUCUUGUAAAAUGUCAACCAGUUACAUGUGAUAAGGAUUGCCAAGAGGUAAGCACAAAUCUUUAGUUCCCCUAUUACUGCUUCUUUCCCAACAGAACAAUUCUAACUUACGUCUGUACACAAGUAAGUGCUAUUGAAUUCAGUGGGUCUUUUCCCAAACUAAGUGGGGUUGGGAUUGCAGCCUUAAUCAUUGCAGGUGGCUGCCUCUUCCACACGUAUCAUGCAUGGUUAACUUUUCCUGUUUGCCAAACAGGGUUACGAGUACCAGGUAGAAGCUGGGGAGUGUUGUGGGAAGUGUGUCCAGAACGCAUGCAUAAUCAACAUGAAUGAAACCACCGAGAUACUACAGGUAAUUAUGUAUUCUCACUCUUCUACUUUCUUUACCCAACUGACAAUGAUGAUUGUAGGCGUUCUCAAGCAUAUUUUUUGCUCAUUCUUGGCCUUCUUUCAAAUUGGGACACACGAAUUUAGAGAACCAAAGUCUACACUGCAUACACAAAUAAACACUGAGGGGUCCAAGUAAAUGACUGAAAUGUGAACAGGCUAAGCUGAACAGGCAGUUCUGUGGGGAUUUGAAUGGUCAUUCAGUAUCUGUAAGCAUGGCUCUCAUGGCAGCAACUGUCUACCUGAUAUUUGAGAACUCAUCUACGACUUAGCUAGAAGGUCAAAAGGAAAGCAUGUGAAAGUUCUGUGGAUUAAGGAUCUAGUGAGCUGUGAGACAUCAAACAAGGAAACACAGAAACUAGCACCCAAAAUAAUGGGAGUCACUUGCAGGAGGUGAAGAAUCUGAUCCUGCAAAUAAUCUGUUGCUCCCUAAAUAGGUGGUGCCCAAUCACAAAAUAAAAAGCUAGCUAAUUAAACCUGAUUAUGCAAUUGCCUUGUGUUUAUCAAGCACUGAGGUCAAGCUGGGUCCAGUGAGAUCCAAGUUGCCAGACUACCUGAGUUAGUGCUUAAAUCAGGCGUGGGGAACUUGUGGCCCUUCAAAUGUUGUUGGAUUCUAACUCUCUUCAACCUCAGUGGUCAGCGAUGAUCAGAAUUGUAGUUCAGCAACAUCUGAAUGACUGCGGGUUCCCUACCCCAGUUAAUAUUAGAAUCAGUAGGACAAGGUAGAAUUGUUCAUUACCAUUAAUGUCACGUUUUGAAUUGAUUUAGUAGCAUUUAAAAGCAGCCUUGACUGCUCUAAGUUCUGAUUAUUUCUCAUCAUUCAAAAAUAUUUAGGAUGUAUUGGAUUUGGAUGUCAGGUGAUGCAAGUUCAAAUGUCGUCUUGGUAAUGUGGCAAUAUAUCUCACAUGCAAUAUAUCUCACAUGCAAAGCCAAAGCCCACUUACCUGCGUCUAAGAAAAAAAUACCAAUUUCCAACAAGCGUGUUUAGGAUUAUAACUACAGAGUUGCUAUGGAAAAUGAGGGUUAGAAUAAAUUGUGACAUGUCCUGAACCAAUGAGAUGUGAUUGUGGGCAGUGGCAAUCUAGCUAAUUUUAGAGUAUAUUUGGUAUGCUAAAACUUGAAAACAAAACGAAUAAUGCUGUGUUUUAUUCAUGACAACAGCCUGGUGAUAUUUGGCCACCAGGAGGAAAUAACUGCAGCUACUACGAAUGUGAGCAAAUGAAUGAUACAUUCAUUCUGGUCCAAUCUAAAAGGAAAUGUCCCAUCAUUCAUCCAGAGGAGUGUGAAUCUGUAAGUUUUCUUUUCCCCAUUCUUAAUUUAUAAUCAUUUCUGCUCUAAUUAUGUUAAAGCUCAGACAAUAAGUUCUCAAGCCGUUUUUGAGUAAGAUAUCAUGUGCAAUCACUGUCACCAGUUUUAAAAUAAUAAACAAUACUUGUUUGUCAGACUUAUCCUGGACAACGGAUAUAGGGACACUUGGGGGGUCUGUAAGGGCACGGUGCAAAUCCAGUACAGUGGUACCUCGGGUUACAUACGCUUCAGGUUACAGACUCCGCUAACCCAGAAAUAUUACCUCGGGUUAAGAACUUUACUUCAGGAUGAGAACAGAAAUUGUGCAGCAGUGGCACGGCAGCAGCGGGAGGCCCCAUUAGCUAAAGUGGUGCUUCAGGUUAAGAACGGUUUCAGGUUAAGAACGGACCUCCGGAACGAAUUAAGUACUUAACCCGAGGUACCACUGUACUAGAAAGUUCCCACUUUUGCAUGCAGCAGUAGUGUUUUGUUUUUUAAAACAACAACAACAACAACCUUCUUUUCCUGUUCUAUAGCAUGAACUUGAACUGACUCCUGAUGGCUGCUGUGAAACAUGUAAACCUAAAAGUAAGUGAAGUUUUUGCUUACCUUGUUGAUUACUAGGGCAUUUUACAACAAAUGACUGAACAAUACUGUGCCUAGGUCCAGCUUAACUCUAUUUAGAUUAAGAACCAUCUCCUAUUAUCUAACCUUCUUAUAUUGUUUGAGAUGGAGAGAAGUCUCUUCUGAAACCUGCAGCUGUAGUUUGUCCUACUUAUUUUUGCUGAAAGUCUUGUUUUGCACUGAGUCUUCAUAAGAACAUAAGAUGAGUCUGUUGGAUCAAACUUAUGGCCUAUCUAGUCCCGCAGCCUUUUCUCACAGUAGCCAAUCAGAUGCCUGAGGGAAGCAGUACAGCAGGCAAGUAGCAAAGUAUGGUUGCUUUGAAAAACAGACCUACCUGCAAGAAACUGUCUAUAAAUAGCAUUUAGCAGAGUGCUAUCUAUUACUAAAGACCUAAAUUAAGCCUACCCUUUGAUGCCAUAUGUCUAUAUGACUCUUUUGUUCUGUAGCUCAUCUGUAGCCAGAGGUAGAAAUCAGUGAACAUUAUGACAUGAUAUUUAUUGAUUUCCCCCAUACACACCUCUUUUUCUUUCAGCGAAUGACUGCAAGGUUCACAAGAACCAAACUCUUAUACGUCACAGCGAAUGCAUAUCUUCUGAAGUUGUGGAACUGACCUACUGUGAAGGGGCUUGUCCAAGCUCUUCAAAGUAAGUGACAAAAAGUCCUAUCCAUUUAUCCACGUCAUUUUGGGAUAUUCAAGUCAUACCAAGCAGAAAAUUACAAAGGUCCUCACAGUGAAUUUCAUAUGCAUUUUGAAGCAGGAGCACUCUCAGCUCUUGUAUGUGAAUACACCAGUACGCUGAUUACCGUAUUUUUUGCUCUAUAAGACUCACUUUUUCCCUCCUAAAAAGUAAGGGAAAAUGUGUGUGCGUCUUAUGGAGUGAAUGCAGGCUGCGCAGCUAUCCCAGAAGCCAGAACAGCAAGAGGGAUUGCUGCUUUCACUGCGCAGCGAUCCCUCUUGCUGUUCUGGCUUCUGAGAUUCAGAAUAUUUUUCUUCUUCCUUUCCUCCUCCAAAAACUAGGUGCGUCUUGUGGUCUGGUGCGUCUUAUAGAGCGAAAAAUACGGUACAUUCUGUCAUUAUGACAAUGUACACAGAACCCUAGUUUGUUAAGGGUGCUGGAAAUAGCUCUGGGAGGAGAAUAUAAACCAACCCCAGGAUUCUUUUUUGGGAUGAAAAUUUGCUUUAAAUGUAUGGUGUGUAUGUAGCAUCUAUCAGUACCAUUAUUUCCCUUCAGCUUGCUGCUUGGGCUCUCAAAAUUGCAUUGUGUCCCUAAUAUAAAAAACCAGGGGAGAAAUCCAGUGUCACAGCAGUGGAUGCAACAGGACUUCCCCUUCCUCUCCUCCUCCCUGUGCCCCCUCAAAUUUGUUCUUUAGGGCCCCCAAGCCCUCUGGAACAGACUUUAGGAGUGCACUGGAGACUGGAGUGGGGAGCAGAGGAAUGGGAAGCCCCGUUUGCACAAGUGAAAGUCCAUUGCACAACAGGAUGCUGAAUUUGGUUUAGUCCCAGAUUCAGAAGUAAUUUUCACCAGAGCUGGAACAUGAAGUGUUGUACAUGUGAUCAUUUUCUGCCAUUUUCUGCUAAUCAUUGAAUAAAAGACUGUCAUCCUGAUUCUACACUUUACACAACUAUAUACAGGAGAAAUGUUGUAUUCUUUAUUAUAAUUAUUUUUACAUUUGGGACAAACUGUACUAAUUUUAGUGUGCUUUAUUCAAAAUAUUAGAAGCAAAAUGAAUAUACAACAGUAUUUUAAUCAUUCUUAUUAAACAACAGACAAAUUGUAAGUGGGUUGGUUCACUAUUCCAGUUUAGACACUGCAGCAUUCAGGUGCAUUAAUUUCAAACACCCAGACUCACAAAGUAUCUUGUUUCCAUGUACAUGGUACCCUGAUUUUCCAUCUAUCCAUGUGGCAGAACUAGAGAAUCCUGAUCUGUGCACAGAUUCUUCAAUCUAUGUGUAGAAACGUUGGUGUGUUCCUACAGGAAUAUUGGAGGGGCAAUCCCAAUCCAUAACACACUUUUAUUUCCCCAGAUCUGUUUCCCUUCCCAUAUUCUGGUUUGGAAGUAGAACUUGAAUCAUGCAAAAGGAAAGUGUUUUAUGUAGACGUAGCCUUUUGCAUCCCCACUCCUCCACUCCUCAUGUUGCUUUGGUUCCUCCCUUGAUUUGGUAGCAUGUUGAGUACCAAAUUGCUCAUGAAACAAAAACUAUAAAUAGAAGCUUUGAAAGCAAAUACACCUAAGCCUGUUUUGAUAGGCAAAAACCUCCUGCUCUUAAAGCCAAUCAUUGGGAUUUGGUAAAUCUAAGCUGGAAUAGUGAGAUCUAGCAGUCAGCCUAGACUGCUAAAUGUGGUAGAGUCACAUUUUCAGGAAAACUUCUAAUCUAAUAUAUUUCACUUGGACAGGUAUUCCAGUGAGGCAAAUACAAUGCAGCGUGAGUGUACCUGCUGCCAGGAGCUCAAGAGCCAUAGGAGAAAGGUGACCUUGACAUGCCAGGAUGGCAAAAUCAUUGACUAUGACUACAUCUACGUGGACGAAUGUCAGUGCAUGACUGCGUGCAUUCCACAAUCCAAAAUUUAGUUAAGGGAAGAGGAAAAGUAGUGACUUUGCAUUCGUCACAGGAAAAAGAACCCAACAUGUUCCAAAGCAGCUAAAACCAGUCGCCAUCUAAAUGCUACUUCAUGUCUCUCAAUAUGUCCCUGAAAAGGUUGAUAGUAGCCUUUUUCUUGGUCAGCUGCCUAACCAAAUUAAUGUUCUAUUUCCUGCAUGAUCAUUUUUGGCCAUUUUGGCUAGCUAGUUACAAAAACAAGUGCAUUUAGAAAAGCUUCCAAGGAUCCCUAUAAAUAUAAUAAAAUGAUGAUAGAAAUGUAUAACAUUGUACUGUAAACUAAACUUCUGCUUCAAAUUUUCUCUGCAAUGCUGUUUAUUUUUGGCAACUAUCUUUUAAAUUACUGAGCAACCUUUGCUACAGAAGGAGUGUUUUGUAUAGUGUCAGCAGGCAUGUGAUUUUGACAAAGAUAAAGCUGCUUUCCUUUUUACUCUUGUUUCUUAAGAUUAAUAAAAAAUUUAAGCAUGUUUCAACUUU